AUGACUGUCUCUAAGGUAAGGACCUGCCUUCCCUUGCCUCGGCUGUCAUCCAGAGGUGGUGGUCAGGGUGGGGUGGGGGCUCUCUCCGUCAGCUCAGCGCCCGUUGCUGGGGUCCUCCCGGCGGCUGCCUGCCCGGGAUGGGGGUCCCUAGCAGAGGCGCCUUCCCGGCUGCAGACCGGCCUCCAGGUCCAGUCCUUUUCGCAGAGCUGGCAUUGGGUGCCUCGUGAUUUUCUGCAGCUCCCUUUUUUGCGGGUUUUUUUAUUAUUUAAUUGCAAAAUCAGGAAAGGUCUUUGGCCAGUUUUUCAAGGAAAGGCCCCCGAGUGUGAGCAAGCGAGUUGGUGCCGGUUGGGCUUCCUUGCAUCAGCAGAGCUUUGCGAGCGCCUUUGCACAGGGGGAGAUUGUGCAGUAGAUAUACUGCAUUUUUAACCCUUUCGGAAGCAGCCAGCGUGCCCGCUCCACAGUGGCGGCAGCUGUUGCCCGGUGUGGUACGUGCGUUUUUGCCGUGUGCAAGACUUCUUUGCUGCUCUCUCCGUUUGGCUUCCCGUGGUUGCUGUGACACGUCCCGCUUUGGCUUCGCAUUAGCCCAGCAAGGGAAGGGAAAGCUCCCAGCUCUCCAAGUUCUGCUUCUGACGGAGAUCCAGCGCGUUUUUCCCAUUCCUGGGAGGGCGUUUUUGUAAUAUAAAAAACCUUCUGGGUAGGGUGCUUGGGGAGCCCUACAGGUGGCUGUUGGGGAAGGAAGUCUAAUGGGGGGGCAUGGAAGAGGGAGGGCAAGGGAGUUUGCCCUGGGAUGGAGCAGCCUCUCACAAUUUAAACUAGCCUUGCCCAAUCCUCCUGCUUCAUUGGCACAAGUGUAAAACCUGCUCAGCUUUACAUGCCAGUCAAACGAUUAACUGCAGAUACUUGGAGGUGAGUUCAAAAUCCAGCCUUCCUGAGUUAUAACCAGGGAGUCCCCCUGACCUCAGUUGAUCAAAACUGCAAAAUGGGAUCAUUCAGGGUUCUUGUGGUCGGCGCAAGGAUUGUAGAUCAGCACACUGAGUUCCAAAAUGUCUUAAGCAGUAGUUUCAAGGAUGAUUCUGAGUUACUUUUAAAUGUGUUUCGUGUUGCUGUACGCUAUCUUGAUGUUUUGUGAGAGAUCAGUAUAGAAAUACUUCUAUAAAUAAAGACAAAUAGUGCAUCCCUCAAAAUCUGAGGGUUCUUGGAGUCAGUUCCCUUAACCUGGAAGAGUUCACCUACAUGUGUGGAAUGAGAAAGCAGGGAAGGGAAUUUGAAGGGAGAUGACCCAGAGGUCUCUGCUUUCUGGAGACACUUUGCAAGGCCAUACCAUACAAAGGAGCCAACUUUACUGUUUCAGUCUUGGGGAUUUUUUAUCACUUUCUUUGAGAGCUUAUGGCCUCUCCUCCCUGUUUAUCAGGCUGAAAAUUCCCUUUUCCUCUUAAGUGAAAAGUUUUGCUUGGUGCUUCGGUCUGACUGUUUACUGGAGUCUGUGGCUUCUGUUCCAACGUGAUAUGAGAGAGGCCAGGUUAGCUGGGGAAUUAGACAAAGCUCUCUCAAAUUUGACAGCCUUUACUGUGUCAGCAACCCUCGUGCUUCGGCAUAACUCUAGGAACACCUACAAAAAGUAGUUUUGUAGUCUUUUCUUCCGUUUUGCAGAGCUCUGCCCUUGCAAGUUGACGGCCCUGCAAAGCAGUACCCAGCAAGGGACAAAGAGCAGCUGCUGGAAGUUAAAAUCAGCUACUAGCCUGCCACGUGCUCCUGAAAAGUGUUUUGCACAUGCACAGAGGCCUCCGUAGCUCAGGAAGAGGAAACCUAUCCCUUUUAAUACCUUUGCAUGUCUACCCACACAGCAUCACUGCUUCUCAAAGUGUGAUACGCUGCUGUUCUCAGCUGGGCAAAGCUUUUUGUUGCCGUGAGACACAGUGCAAGUGGGCAGGUAUUGUAGAACAGGGGAGGCAUUCAUCUGUGAUCCCAUCGUGUCCAGGUUCCUUCAGCAUCUUUUCUGUAUGUGAGAGGCAAGGUGAACCUGGAUGUUGGGGCUGCCUGAGUCAUACGUUCUGCCCACGCCCUGCUUCUUUUAAUCUAAGUAGGGAACCUGCGGCACACCCUGCUGGCCAGCCUCAGUCUGGUGCCCUCCAGAUAUUUGGAACUACAACUCCCAACAGCCCCAGCCAUCAUGGGUCCUGUGGCUGAUGAGAGCUGUAGUCCAAAACAUCUGGAGGGCACCAGCUAUGGGGAGGUGGUGCCAUGCCUGCCAUUGCAGACAUUUUAUGCUGCCGCUGCACUAUCCAUUCAAUGAGGUUUCUGCAGGUGAACUUCCUGGGCAGCUGUGCUCAGCGUUUCACGGUCCUGUAAUGAAGCAAUCUUAGACUUCUCUGCAAAUGAAGGCCUUGUUUCCUUUCCAGCGAAGCUUCCAUUUACAAUACAGUAGACCUGCAGCUUACACAGGGGUUACAUUUUGGAGAUCAUACGUGAAGCCAAAAUUGCAUAUAGUCAAAACCUACUGGGUUCAAUGGCGGGUGGGAUUGCCAAAGUCAUUUUCGUUUUCAUUUUGCUACCCUCAUAAAGUUAAAUGCAUGCAAAUUGCAGGCAUAGUGUACCAAUAUGAACCCCCUCAGGAGAAAUUUAACAGUUUGGCUUCUAAGUAUUUACUUUUUUCAUUUAUUUUUUUAAAGAGUUUACCCUGCCCAUGUUCUUUUCUUUCUUUCUUUCUUUCUUUCUUUCUUUCUUUCUUUCUUUCAGUGCUUUGCAAGCAUUAACUACUUCCUCUCUGGUCAGAUCAUCUGUGGGCAUAUUUUCUUGUUCUUUGGGCCCAAAGGUGAUCCUUGCAUUUUCCACAAUCUCAUUACUUCUCACAUCUAAUCCAAACAUUAAAAUGUAAGAACUGAAGCUUUUUCUGAAGUGUGAUGAAAGCACUCGCUUUAAUCCACACAUCUUUAUCUUCUACACUUUGGUAUCUGUUAAAUUCCUUAAGCUGAGCAAAUUAUUAUCUUUGGGUUAAUUUUGACAGUUACUGCCGGUCUGGUCGUAUGCAUGUUUACUUAGGAGCAAGUCCCACUGCUACAUAGGAUGUAUGGCAUUCUUAAGAGGCUAAAAAGGACAGCACUUCUGCAGUCAAAUGAGUGUGUAGUUUAGUAUCAGGCACACAAGGUGACUCCACCUUGGAAUCUUUAUUUUCACUUUAAAAAACACACCAAGUUUCUAGACCUUAUGAUUGAGGACAAAACUUAAAAAUGGGUGAGCAGUAUCCAGAGAAGUCAAAGAAUCUAGAAAGAAGCUAAGCAGGUUCUGGAGUGGGGAAGCCUUUUAACACUUUAUAAAGCUCUUUCCUCCUCCCUAGCAGAGAACACCUGAGAGGUGACCACACCGAGUUAAAACUGUUAAGAUGUCACCUAUGAUUAAUCCUACCUUGACCUAGUACUGAUAGCACACAGGGGCUAAAAAUAGGAAGGCAACCUAGAAUCUCUCAACAGAGAGGGUACUUCUAUUGAUGAAGCUCAUUAGAAGAAAUCUCCCAAGUUAAAAAUGGAAACAGCCCUGGGAGAUUGUCACCUAAACUGGCGGUGUGUGUGUGUUUGAUGGUGAGCGGGGUUUACAAGACGAGCAAAACAGCCAGAUUAUUAGUAAAAACAAUGAAAACAUUAAAAAAAACUUAAACCAGCAAUAAACUAAAAACAAAUCCGUGUUCUAAAUAUCUGGGUAGGCUUGUCUAAACAAAAAUGUUUUCAGUAGGUGCCGAAAAGAGUACAGUGAAGGCACCUACCUGAUGUCAAGAGGCAGGGAGUUCCAAAGUGUAGGUGCUUCCACAUUGAUUUCUUGCAAUGGAGAAAGGGUAGGGAAGGGAAGCUCAUACCCUCCAACAUUUCUCUGUUGAAAAUAGGGAGGUUCUAUUUAAUAAUAAUAAUAGUUUUAUUUAUAACCCGUCCAUCUGCUUAGGGACUCAUCUGCUUAGGGACGCGGGUGGCGCUGUGGGUUAAACCACAGAGCCUAGGGCUUGCUGAUCAGAAGGUUGGCGGUUCAAAUCCCCGCGACGGGGUGAGCUCCCGUUGCUUGGUCCCAGCUCCUGCCAACCUAGCAGUUCAAAAGCACGUCAAAGUGCAAGUAGAUAAAUAGGUACCGCUCCGGCGGGAAGGUAAACAGCGUUUCCGUGUGCAGCUCUGGUUUGCCAGAAGCAGCUUAGUCAUGCUGGCCACAUGACCCGGAAGCUGUCUGCGGACAAACGCUGGCUCCCUUGGCCAAUAAAGCGAGAUGAGCGCCCCAACCCCAGAGUCGGUCACUACUGGACCUAAUGGUCAGGGGUCCCUUUACCUUUACCAGCUGCUCCAGCCACUCUGGGCGGCUUCCAACAUAUAUUAAAACAUUAAAAACUUCCCUAUACAGGGCUGCCUUCAUGUGUCUUUUAAAGGUUGUAUAGUUACCGUAUUUUUCGCACCAUAGGACGCACCGGACAAUAGGGCGCACUUUGUUUUAGAGGGGGGAGAGCAAGAAAAAAAAUAUCUCCCCCUCUCUGCCCAGCGCCCCUUCAGCGAAGUGGCAGGAGGCGCUGUGCAGAGAGGUGGAGAACUUUCCCUCUUGUUUUCCCGCUCUAAAACAAGGUGCCGUUUAAGGUGCGUUCAGGCGGCUACCUUGGAAGCCUGGAGAGCGAGAGGGGUCGGUGUGCACUGACCCCUCUCGCUCUCCAGGCUUCAGGUUCCUUUCGACCUGCUCUUUGGGGCUGGUGGGGGGAAGCCCACCACCAGCCCCAAAGAGCAGUUCAGGGAGCAGCGGAAAGGUGCAGCGGAGAGGCUCCUGCCAUAGCCGCGCGUCACCUCUCCAGCCGGGAGAGGGUCGCGGGGGGGCUGCUUUAGCCCCGCGCGCGCUCUCCUGGCUGGAGAGGUGACGCGGGGCUGUAGAGGCUCCUGCCAUAGCCGCGCGUCACCUCUCCAGCCAGGAGAGGGUCACGGGGCUAUGGCGUCUUCGCUCCAUAGGACGCACACACAUUUUCCCUUCAUUUUUGAAGGGAAAAAAGUGCGUCCUAUAGAGCGAAAAAUACGGUACUUAUCUGCUUGACUUGGGGGUCGCAUAACUCCAUACCCUCCAACAUUUCUCUGGUGAAAAUAGGGACAUCCCAAGAAGAUGUGGGACAUUCCAGGAUCAAAUCAGAAAGUAGGACAGCUUCUGUAAAUCUAGGACUGUGCCUUGGAACACCUGGAGGGUCUGGGAGCUUGGGGGUUCACAAAACGCCUGUCCUAGACUUUGCCUUUUCAGUGCUGGGGUUCAGCCACUGGUACAGAUGAAACCGACUUCCGAUUGGUCACUGCAAGAACAGAAUGAUGAACUAGCUAGGACUCCUUUGGCCUGAUCCUGCAUUCAGGCUCUUCUAAUAUUCUUGUUCUGGGGGAAAGGGGCACCAAUUGCUCUUCCCCAGUCAGCAAAAUGAGCCAGCUCACAAGCUGCAGGGAGACCCACCCAGGGAUGACGUCCUACGAAGCAGAGUAGGAGUGGUGAUUUAUCAGAAAUAGGAAGAAGGUUAUCAGCAGUGCUCUACCUGGUUUGAUACUGGGGUUGGGGGGCAGGGGAAAGCAUCCCAUGUGGGUAGGAAAUGCAUCCAGAGAAGCUGGAUGUGCUCCCUAAAAUGUGCCCCACUAGUGGCAUUAAUCCAUCAAGGUUUAACUACUCAUUGAUCCAUUAAAACUGCACUGUCAAAAGACCUAAAUGGCAUCCCAGUCUUUGGAACGCCAACUUUCCCCUUUCCUCUUCUUAUUUUAUAAGAUGGGCAUGUAUGGAGAAAGGCGUUUUUCCAGUGCAUAGUUAAACUGUGGAACUCACUGCCACGGGAGGCACUGAUGACCACCAAUCUAGAUGGCUUUAAGAGGAUUAAAUAAAUUCAUGGAGGAGAGGGCUAUUGAUGGCUACCAUCCAUGAUCGCUAUGCUCUGCCUCUGCAAUUGGAGGCAGUGAUGCUUCUGAAAACCAGUUGCUGGAAACCACAGGAGGGGAGGGUGAUCUUGUGCUCGAAUCCUGCUUGUCAGUCUCCCAGAGGAGGCAUCUGGUUGGCCACUGUGAGAAGAGGAUGCCUGACUAGAUGGGCCACUGGCCUGAUGCAGUAGGCUCUUCUUAUGUUCUUGUAGUGGGGAACCAUGGUUUGCUCACUGACCCAAAGCUGUCAAUGGGAAGGACCAUGCCUCAUUGGUGGAGCAUCUGCUUGCAUGCAAAAGAUCCUGGGUUCAAACUCCUGCACUUCCAGGGAAGGCUGGGAGAAACCCCUGUCUAAAAUCCCAGAGAGCUGCUGCCAGUCAGUGUAGACAAUACUGAGCUAGAUGGACCAAUGAUCUAUCACACCCUAUAUAUUGCAGUGAGCAGAACAGUGGAAUGGGAAGCAAUGGGGUUACUUUUUGUUCUUGUACGGGGGGGAAACCCAAAUACACAAGACUGAGGUAGAAAUGUAUGGAGCGCCUUCUGGGCAAAUUAAGAUAGCUGGCAGAGGUAUGUGUGGAUGAACUAGUUUCUCUGAGUUUCUUCUUUUUCCAGUUCAUUUCACACCAUUUCUGUAUUAACAAACUUUUUAAGACGGUGUUUUUAUAUGCAUUUCUCCACCCUACGCAUUUUUGCAAGCAAUGUACUUUCCUCCCCACCAUGAAUACUUGCAUUUUUUGUGCAAACUUUCUUCUAAAGACAGUUCCCCUGAUCUGCCACUCCCUAACACUUUCAGAAGUCUGUAGGAGAAGUGAGGUCCAGCCUUUUGCUUAUUUGCAUAAGGGGUGCACCAUAUAUUGAAUCUGUCUUUCAGAAGGAAGGAGAGGGAGUUAGUCCUUCUGGACCUGCAAAGCAGCCUGCAUAACAGCUCUGAAAACUCACGUGGUGCUGCACCCAUCCCAGAGCCCACCACUCUGCUUACUUCCCUGAUUCCUCCUGGCAGCUUGCUUGCACUUCUGGCUUUGUGACUGGGUGUAGUGAGAUACCUUAUAAAUAGAAAAGUCAGUUAAAGUAAAGGUAAAGGGACCCCUGACCAUUAGGUCCAGUCGUGACCGACUCUGGGGUUGCGGCGCUCAUCUCGCUUUAUUGGCCGAGGGAGCCGGCGUACAGCUUCCGGGUCAUGUGGCCAGCAUGACUAAGCUGCUUCUGGCGAACCAGAGCAGCGCACGGAAACGCCGUUUACCUUCCCACCAGAGCAGUACCUUGCACUUUGAUGUGCUUUCGAACUGCUAGGUUGGCAGGAGCAGGGACCGAGCAACGGGAGCUCACCCUGUCGCGGGGAUUCAAACCACCAACCUUCUGAUCGGCAAGUCCUAGGCUCUGUGGUUUAACCCACAGUGCCACCCACGUCCCAGAAAAGUCAGUUACCGUACAGUAAAUUUCAGCUGGUGCUUCUAUAAAGCUCUGUGCCAGCUUUGGAAACUUUGCAUCCUAAGCUUUGGAUGGGCAAUUGAACUUCUCUGGCUGAUAUUUCUAACAACUAGCCCAGACUCCAGUUCCCAUCACCCCCAGCAUCAUAUGGUCCAAAACAUCUGGAAGGCACCAGGAGGGUAGAAUAGUCACUUCUCCAGAGUUUCCCUAGCUGCGUUCUCACAUUUGUAUCACAUCUUCCAUACCUGGCUUUUAUAUUCCAUUGUCGUGGCUGCCAAGAGGAGUUUGAGAGGAUUGGGUGCACAUCACCUGUGCCUUGUAGACUGAAAAACCAGAGAAAGGCAGCUUGGGGUUAUUAGGGCAUCCCAGCAGACCUAAUGUGGGCAUGGCCAGAUUUGCACACAGCACCCCUUCUGUACAAAAUAGUACACUCUUCUUCUUCUUACUUGCCCAUCAUAUAUCCGUACAUAUCUCAGUUGUCUGAGGGGAUGGCUCUGAGCUUGGGGGACCUGGUACAGUUCUCCACUCGUUGCCCCUCUUUCAUCAGUCCUGACUGACCCAUUGUAACUUGUCAAAUAAUAGGCACAGUGUCUCCCUCCCAUUCAGGCUGAUCAGGCCUUUUCCUACACAGCCUUUGGGCAUGGGGGUGGGGUGGACAAAGAUCUCUGGGGAAUCCUGCACCUUUCAAGUAUGUUGAGAAGGAUAUACUCCAAGGACCUCUCCAGACUAGUGGGUGGGUUUUUUUGGGGGGGGGGUGCAAUCCUCAGCAUGUCAUUGUUGAUGUUCUUCCUCCUUCCUUGGAGGUUUUUAAACAGAAGUUGGUCAUCUGUCAUAGAUUCUUUAGCUGAGAUUCCUGCAUUGGAGGGGGCUGGACUAGAUGGCCCUUGGGGUCUCUUCCAACUGCAAUUCUAUGAUUGAAUAUGAGGGCAUCUGGGGUGGGUUUAUACAGGAUCAUCCACACAUCAAUCCACUUUACUGAUAGCUGUGUGAAUCUUUUCCCAUUUUUACCACGUUAUUGUCAUCUUGCACUGUAGUGUAACAGAAGUGGGACAACAGACAAACCGCAGAACAUUUGUAGCAUAUAAAUUUAUAGAUUGGAAAUCUGGAACUAUACUUGACGAUCAGAUAAUGUUGAUAGUCUUUACUUGGAUUUCGUUAUUUCAACUCAUGACAUGAGCAACUAUUUAUUCUACAUGCCUAUUUUAUAGUUUUGCUUUUCAUAUGUUAAUUUUCAUCUGUUGUUAUAAUUGCUCUUUGUUUUAUAUACAUUAUAAAAUGAAACAAUAAUGAUAAUAAUUACUCCUCCUCCCUGCCCUGUCCCCCCACCCCCUGUUACAGGAUUUUAGCAGGGAACUAUGGGAUGUGCAUUGAACAGAAACAAAGCUGUGUGUCUGCCCUGAAUCUUUUGCAGGCACAACUAGUAUUGAAAGCAGGAUUGUGUUCUCACAUCCUCAAUACUGUCAUGAGCACAAAUCAUCAUUGAACGCACUAUAAAAAGGAUGCCAGGAGGAGAGGCCCUGAUUCAGCGGGCGUUUGUUCCUCCUUACACCUUCCUGAGUGGAAUAUUUCACGGAAAAUGAUGCUGUUUCUUUCUCUCCCUCAGUCUGUCCAGACUUUGUUAUAAGCUGCUUUGUGUAGAAAUGGUGGAGAGGGAGGGAAGACAACACCAAUUGGGGACGAACAGGUCUUUCUAAUCCUCAAGUGAAGAGAACAGAAGAUGGAUUCAGACUAGCAGGUGUCAGUUUCUAGCUCCUGCACAUAACUAAUGCAAGCUAAGGGUACAUUCCAUGCAGGAGACUGCAUGAAUUCAUGUGUUGUCAUGGGUAAUGGGCAUGCAUGUACAUCUCUCCCAGUGCGUCUUCCAAGCCUCUAAAUUGCUGGUAGAGUUUCUGUGUAUCUGUUGUUUUCUGCUCAGCUGCCCACGGAAAGGGAGAAAGGCUGGCCCAGUUAGAUUCUCCAGGUGUUUGGGGAGGGUUCUCGAAGGACCGACCCCCAUAAAUGUAACUCUGUCCUGCUUAUUUUCUCCUUCUUUAAAGUGGCUUGUAAAUGGAACGUAGUGAUGGGCCUUUGUUGAGCUGAAGUGUUUCAUUUCUCAAGCAAUUUUGAAUGCACAUGUUCUGCUGUGAAACUGACGAUGAGUGGAUGUGAAGUUCCACUAACAUCAGCCUUCCUCUACCUACUGCCUUCCAGAUGUGUUGGACUUCAACUCCCUUCAGCCCCAGCCAACAUGCCUGGGAGUUGUAGUCCAACAUAACUGGAAGGCGGCCGGUGGGGGGGCGGAUUCCUGCCCUAAAAGUACAGUGCAAGUGUAUUCAUUAAAUGAGGAAUAAUUUGUGGAUGUACCAUGAACAGCGAUCUGGCCUCCAGCUCUCUGUUGCCAGCCCCAAACAAACACUUUGUAUGAUCAGAGUUGCAGCAGCUGUAAGCUGAUGUAUGAGUGGCAGAUGUGAUAAGAGCCUAUGAAGUUCCCGGCUGGAUCAGGCCAUUGGGGGCUCAUCUGGUCCAGCAUCCUGUUUUCACAGUGAUCAACCAGAUGCCCCAAUGGGAAGCCUUCAAGUGGGACCUGAACCCAAGAGCCCUCUCCUCUCUGUGGUUUCCAGCUAGUGGCAUUCAGACGCAUUGCUGCCUCCAACCAAGCAGGCAGAGCACAGUAGCCAUUGAUAACCUUUUCCUCCAUAAAUUGGUCCAAUCUGCUUUUAAACCCAUCACUGCCUCCUGUGGAAGAGGGCUCCGUAUAACGGUGUACUACUGCGUGAAGAUGUCCUUUCUUCUAUAUCUCCUGAAUCUCCCAACGUUCAUCUUCAUUGGAUACCCACGAGUUCCAGUGUCAUGAAAGAAGGAGGAGAACUUUUCUCUAGCUACUUCCUGCAUGCCAUGCAUAAUUUCAUAUGUGUCUAUCAUGUCACCUCUUACUUACCUUCCCUCUAAACUAAAAAAAAGGCCCAAACUGCAACCUUUCCUCUUAGGGGAGAUUCCAUCUCCUUGAUCUUUUGGUUGCCCUUUUCUGAACUUUUCCAAACUCAACAAUAUCCUUUUUGAGGUGAGGCGACCAGAACCGUACACAGUAUCCCAAAUAGCAACCCAGUCAGAUGGGUGCGUUAUAAGAAAUAUUAUUAUUAUUAUUAAUCAUUUUUAUUAAAAUUUCUGUUUUACAAUUUAGAAUACUCAUUUAAACAUCCUUAAAAUAUCAAUGACUUCUCUUCUUUUCCUUCCAUGGUUCAUUUUGCAUAUCAUGAAUCCCUGCAUAUUUUACAUAAAGUAAACCAUUCAGCAUUCCAUUAUUACUUCCAUCAAAACUUAUUUACACUGUGGAAUUUAUCUUAAUGCUGCCAACAUUUUCAAGUGUACACAAUUUCCCUCCAUAUAUUCAAUAAACAUUUUCCAGUCUUUUCUAAACGUAUGUAUGGGUGGGUAGUAAUAAUAAUAAUAACAACAAUAAUAAUGUCACUACAUAGCAUUGUAUAAUAGCAUUCAGAUACUGGCAGUUUUAUUUUCAAUUCCUUUUGUAAAUAUCCCCAGCAUGGAAUUUGACUUUUUCACUGGGUGGACAUCUUCAUCGAGCUAUGGACUAUGACCCCGAGGCCUUGUUCCUGACUUGGGGCUGGGAAUCCCAUUUCUCCCAUUUUUAUUUUGGUAGUUGCCGCUUCUGACACACCUAUUUUGAAGGAAGCUCUCCAGCAAGUCUGUUGGCCAUCUCUAUCCUGUUGCCCCGGCAGUGAUUCUGCUUGCCAGACCGAGUCUUUCUGAGGGAUCUUUGGAGCAGCAGAUCGUUGGCGCAGUUUGUCAAACCACUUCUAUUUAAAAAGAGAAAGGAAGGGAGAAGCACCUCAAAGGAAAAGGCCAUUUUUCUUCCUGCUCACACUGCCUGGUGCUCAGCUGCUAAACGUAUCAAGGCAGCAGUUGUUCUGGGUUCAGCGUGGGGCUCACCAGCCCGAAGCUGGGCCUCUGGAAGAUUCUUCUUAUCCGUGGUCCACUGUUGACACUUGAGCUGAAUAAUGGCCGUCUCCUGUUGAGGCACACAAUAAAUACACAAACAGAAGCAAACUUGGAUGUUAAAUUUGGGAGAGGCAGUGCUUGGCUGAAAUCGCAGAGCUGUUUGUAUAGUGCAGUCAUUCACAGGCUGGGUUCCGUUCAGCCGGAAAAGAUGCCCUUUGUAAUACUAGCCAAUGUUUUAACUGUACGGAGCGAAUAUCGGUAGAGACCAGGAUAAGGCGGGUCUGUACUCAGCCUCUUUGUCUGCAAUACAGUUGCCAGCAUCUGUGAAGCAGGGGGUUGGCCGAGCAUGCAAAAUGCUAGCUUCUUCUGUUACCAGACCAUUGGCUUAUCUGUCCUGUAUGGCCACACUCACAAGCAUUUAAAGCGCUAUGGUACCACUCCAACCAGCCAUUGCUUUGUCCAAUAAUUGUGGGAGCUGUAGUUUGUUAAGGGUGCUGUUAGGACGCCCCUGUUCCCCCCAAAAAACUACAAUUCCCAGAGUCAGAGGAGCCACCUCCUAAGGCCUGAGGUCCCUUCACCUCCCCCCAAUAAAAUAUUUUAGGGGACUGGCUCCCCCUCAAAGUUGAUGAGCAUUGCCCUUCAAAUAGGGUGUCUGUGUGCCGCAUCUUGUGAUUGAUUAUACAGGAUGGGCCUUACCUGCCUCCCCCCUAUGUUAUUUAUGUUUGACACCCCUGCCCACAGUGGUUUAACAAUCAAUCCUUCUUUCCAUGGAACUCUGGGAAUUGUAGCUUGGGGGGGGGACUGGGGUGCCCUAAGAACUCUCAGCACCCUUAACAAACCAUAGCACCCAGAAUUCUUUGAGAGAAGCCAUGAUUGUUUCAUAGGAUAUCAUAGUGCUUUAAAUGUAGGGUUUAAAUGUGGCCUAAAUGCAGUAUGUCUUGGCUGGGGCUGAUGGGAGUUGUAGUCAAAAACAUCUGGAGGGCACCAGAUUGGGGAAGGCUGAAAUAUCCAGAUUUGCAGAGGGGUCUCUAGGGUCAUUCCUACCAGCUGUUACCUGAAGGCUGAAUCAGGGCUUUCUACUUGCAAAGUGCAGAGUUAAACUGUGGAACUUAAACCCACAAGAAACAGUGAUAGCCAUUAACCUGGUAAAGGUAAAGGUAAAGAGACCCCUGACCAGUAGGUCCUGUCGUGACCGACUCUGGGGUUGCGGUACUCAUCUCGCUUUAUUGGACGAGGGAGCCGGCGUACAGCUUCCGGGUCAUGUGGCCAGCAGGACUAAGCCGCUUCUGGCGAACCAGAGCAGCGCACGGAAACGCUGUUUACCUUCCCGCCGGAGCGGUACCUAUUUAUCUACUUGCACUUUGACGUGCUUUCGAACUGCUAGGUUGGCAGGAGCAGGGACCAAGCAACGGGAGCUCACCCCGUCGCAGGGAUUCGAACCUCGACCUUAUGAUCAGCAAGUCCUAGGCUCUGUGGUUUAACCCACAGCUCCACCCGCGUCCCUCCAGCCAUCAACCUAGAUGGCUUUAAAAGAGGAUUUGUGGAGAAGAGGGCUAUCAGUGGCUCCUAGCCACGCUUAUACUCUGCAACCACACUCGGAGGCAUUAGUGCUUCUGAAAACCAGUUGCUGGAAAUGACAGGAGGGGAGAGUGCUCUUGUGCUCAAAUUCUGCUUGCAGGUUUCCCGAAUCCCACAGGCCUCUGGCUGACUCGUGUGAGAACAGUGUGCUGGACUGGAUGGGCCAGUGGCCUGACCCAGCACACAUUUCUAAUGUUCUUAAAGCAAGUGCUCUGUCCUUAACUGUGGCUCCUUCUCAGUAGCAGGGGACCCAGUUUGUGUGUGUACAUCAGGCCACUCUCUGGACCUCCUGGCACAUCUCUUGCAAAUGCAUCAUCAGCCUUGCUGCUGAAGGCAAAAUUAAAUCAAUGAGUAGUUGAUGUGCACUUGUGUGCGUGCGCAUGAGGUGUGUUGCCAUAGGAACUGGGUUGCAGAGCACCCUAAUUAACUCUGUCAUGAACCUCAUGCAACAAGGUUAGGAGGGCAGUUGCUGCAGGGGGGUGGGCAGGAGAUACAUGAGUCUGCAGCACAAAUGGGGGGGGGGAUAGCCUUGCCCAGAUAGGUCUUGUGGGAGGGGGAGAUUCCUGGCCUUCUGCUGCUCACUGUUCUUGCUAGAAAUAAUGCUCUGUCUUUGAUAUCUUUAUUUUCCCACAUUUCUUCCAACACGGAACUCGAAGCAGCGUAUACAUUUCUAUAUUUCCAUGUUUGCAUUUCAGUUUCCCCCUAUUUAUUGCAUUCCUGCCCCACUUUUUCCUCCUGUGAGUUCAUUUGCAGUUCUCUUCCUCCCACCCUCAUUCUAUGCUCACAAGAACCCUGUGAGGUAGAAUAGGGUGAGAAGGGUCAGCUGGCUCAAAAUAUCUUCACCCAGGGAGCUUCACGGCUCCCACUGGGAUUUGAACCAGGGCCCCAGAGUCCAGCACUCAAACCACCAUUUAAAAGGGGAGGGGGGAUGGAAAUGAAAAUUGCAAAUAAGGAGAUUCUGACUAAACAGUAGGAAGAACUUCCUGGCGGUAAGAACUGCUGGAUUUCCGAAAGGCAGAGCUUUGUCCUGGAUCUUCGGCAAGUCAAUUGAAAUUGUAUAUUUUUGGGGUUUCCUAAAAAAAACCUCAAUAUCUUUCGGGGUGUCCUGGUUUUUACUUUUUUGAAAUAUGGCAACCCUAAGUGGAAUGGACUCCCUCAGAAGGUGGUGGACUCUACUUCAUUGGAGGGUUUUCAACAGAGGUUGGCCCCUCCCAAUUCUACAAUUCUGUGAUGCAGGCCUGUUUGCUCAUUUCCAAUGGGCCCUACAUGGACUGCAUGUCUUCAGGGUGAAGCUGGAGAAUGCUUGCCAGGAUGUUUGUUUCGCAAGCCCUGCAGCAGAGCUGGCUGCGUCUGCCCGUAGACUGGCAAUGGAAGUGGCACCCCACACCCUGAGCCCGUCUCAUAGCCAGCUUGGCACAGGAAGUGGGGAAUCUGUCCACUGGGUGCCAGCAGAGUGAUGGAACCAGCCUCAUCAAAAUGGGCAUCAGUGCCUUGGUGUAUUAAGAAAACAAUAGAAACAUCUGCCCCCUCAAAAAAAGGGGGGAAAGCCCACUAUGCAGUUGUCCUUUUCCUGCUCCUUUUUGAGUUCCUAAACAGGGCUGCUUCUUCCCCACCCCCCCACAAUCUUCGUAUUACAUUAAGGAUUGGAAUAUCUUGAGUUGGAAAGUAAGCCUAUUUGGCUACAUCCCGAUGCAUUUGUAAGAAUGUAGAUGUAGCACAUUCCUGUAUGUUCAGGGAUCGUUCCAGCCCUGCAUGCACACCAUUCAUUUAAAUCACACGGCUUUAAGGAGGAUAUUGACAAGCGGGAACGUGUGCAGAGGCGGGUGACCAAGAUGAUGAAGGGUCUGGAAGCCAAGCCUUGUGAGGAACGGUGGAGGGACUUGGGGAUGUUUGGCUUGAGAGAAGAGAAUGAUCUCCGUCUUCAUAUAUCCAAAGGGUUGUCGCAUGGAAGAUGGAGCAAGUUUGUUGCCUACUGCUACAAAUGGUGGGACCUGAACCAAUGGGUUCAAAUGACAAGAGAGGAAAUUCUGACAGAACUUUCUGACAGAGCCAUUUGUCAGUCAAAUGAAGUACCUUGGAAGGUGGUGCACUCUCCCUCACUGGAGGUUGUUAAGCAGAGAUUAAAUGGCCAUCUGCAUUGCAGGGGGUUGCACUAGAUGAUACCAGAUGCAGGAAACCACAGUGAGGGGAGAGAGGUCUUGUGUUUGAAUCUCGCACACAUCAUGUUGGUCACUGUAAGAACAGGAUGCUGGACUUGUUGGGCCAUUGGCCUGAUCCAGCACACUCUUCUUAUGUUCUUAGUUUUUAAAAAUCCCGCUAUUCAGCCGGAAAAGGUUCUCAAGUAGCUUACGAAUAUCCAUGAGAGAGAGCCUACCCUCAAUCUAUUUGAGAUUGCUUGUCUCAAGAUGAUGCAUACCCAGUACUAGUAUUUACCUUCUAAUAUUCCCUCUGGAGUGAAACAUUAAAGAGGGAACUGGGUAACUUACAAAGCAGAAUAACAAACCAGAGCCAGCCUCCUGCAAUGAGGAUCUUGUUGUUUUCUUUUAAUAUUUAAAUGGUUGCAGAUCAUGAAAGAAACACACAUCAGCCUGCCCAAAGGACUUUGCACCCUUAUAAACCUGCAUAGUUCCCCUCUGCCAAAAGAAACAGAAAAUUGAAUUUCACGAAGACAGGAUAACUACGGUAGUCAGCAUCAGCCCAUGACCGGGGAGGCUAGUUCCUUAGGCCCAUGAAGGCCCAUGGAUGGUAUCUGACAUUUGCCCAGGAAUCGGGGCCUCUCUCUCUCAGGCUGAAGGAGGAGGGAGGGAGCUUGAGAAUAAUAUUUUCCACCAUCUCUGUCUCAAGCUGUAUACAUGUUUUAUUGUAUAAAAGGCAGAAGGAUUACAGUGAACUGCUGGAGGUGUAAAUGCCUGUCAGAAUUUGAAAAGCUGGUCUGACUGCAUCAAGUUCAUAAAUUUUGUGGAAUUAAUUAAACUAAACAGUUUUAAUUGGGUUUUGAACAAAUGUUGAAUUAAUUGCUUGAAAUUUCACUGUGUUUUUAUCUUCCUUAGUGUGUCGUGCAAAAUGCUAUUCUGAAUAAUGCUAUUUGUAGAGUAGGGGAAACUAGGGAACCCAAUGGGCGGUGAUCCGAAAGUUUGCUCCUUCUGAAUCUAUUGCCCUUUAGUUCUGUGUAGACCCUGAAUUCCAGCCUGAUGAGAGAAAGAAAUCCCUCCUCUGCACUGUUCAUGACUAUGGACCUCUUUAGUUGUAUUUUUUCCUAAUCUAAAAAGGCGCCACGCUUAGAUCAGCCUUUGCCAACCUGGUGCCUUCCAGAUGUUUUGAACUACAUGUCUCCUGAGCCCCAGCCUGCAUGACCAUGCGCUUAUCUGCCCCAGCAUCAUGUGACUGGUGGGAUUAUAGCCAGCGUUCAAAACUCCCAUUGUUCUAGGUGCAUUUUGCGACAGGGAAUUUCAUUAGGGCGAGCAGUUUCUGAGCUCUGGGUGCAAUACUGCACCUAAGAUUUCAGAUUAAAACUGCAGAGUGGAAGGAAAGUAGGACCUUUUUCUACCUUCCCACUUCCAGCUCCUCUCUGAAGACUGGAGAAGAACCCCUCUUAAGAAUAUUAGGGGGGUGGGCAGGGGAAGGACUAGACCAUGUGAAAAAUAAACAUAAUACUUUAGCUGCAGUUCAUUCAUUUUCAGCUUUGUAUUCUUGUUAUAAAAAGGCGCGCUUGUUCCGUUGUUGCACCCAUAACCUAGGUUUAAGGUGUCAUUUAGCUCCUAGCUUUUAUAUCUCAGUUUCUAACACAGAUUAUAGUGCAAAAUAUCUGGAGGACAUGAGCUUUGCUUAACCAAUAGUUUGCUGGACCCUGGGGGUCGACAUCUUCUGCUUGCUCUGCCCUAGAAUUGCUGUCGGGUCAUCCUGAAACCUUCACAAUCUGUUUCCACAGGUUGAUCUUUCAAAGGACAUCACAGCUGCACUGGGGGUCUCUUCAUUUUCCUUGCGGGGUGGUGUGCAUGAUGCUGGUGGCCUCAGGGCUCUGUCUGGGGGCGGGGCGGGUUUCUACAGCAGAUAGAGGGGGCAGUUGCAUCAGGUCCACCCAGAGAGUCGGUUCCCUUUGCCCAGGCAUCUCCCAUCUGUCGUUCAAGGUCGCAGCAUCAGAUGGUGGAGACUCGGGCAUUGUUGCGCAGACUGCAGAGCCAGCUUGGCGUGGGUAGAGUCACGUCGGCUUCCUGCCGACAGAGCAUCUGGCUGUCUGUCACAUCAGGAAUGGUGGGGGUUUCCUCCCCCUCCUCCUCUGCUGGGGCACUGGAGGCUGCCAAAGGAUGCUUAAUUGCUAAAAGGAGAUACAUUGCAGCUCAGCGCUGUCUGGAAACAACAGAAUACUCCACCCUGCAAUCUCUGCUGUGUGAUGACUCUCUCUGCUUACUCUGUGGUAUUGGAGAAAGACCUUUGAAGCUCUCUACAAGGCCCCUUUUCAUCCAUUCAUAUCCUCCAGAGUUCAAAGACCCUGGUAAGCCAAGGAACUGGAACCCCACUGCCCCAGACCAGGCAGGUAUAGCCAACCUGUGUCCUGCAGAUGUCAUUGACCACAACUUUCACCACCCCUGACCAUUCAUUGGCCAUGGUGGUUGUUGGGGCUGAUGGGAGAGAGGCCCCUUCCAGAGGACCUGUUUAUUGAGCAUCCAUCCUGAUUUGCUUGUGGGAAGGUUAGAAGAUACUGUAGCCAGCAAAUUUCAUCCCAUACUUUCCAAUGCAUUGACCUGCCCCAUUGCUUAGUGAAAAAAGUCAGAUAUUUUGAGGAAGACUUCACUGUAGAUGUUGAUCCCUGUGACACGCUUAAGCAACUUUAGCUGUGAUUCCUGCAUUGCAGGGGGUUGGACUUAAUGACCCUUGGGAUCCCUUUGUUGAUCACACCUUCCAACUCUACAGUUCUAUGUUUCUAUAAGUGCCAGCUGGCAAGCUAUGCUUUGUUUUGUUUUGUUUUGUUUUGGAGGGGGACAAAUCCAGUAGCCCUGAGCUGUGUCUCUUUCCACACUAGCCCUCCAUUACUCAUCUCUCUUAAGUGGCAGUCACAACCUGAAUUCAAUAAACGCAGAUAAGCCAUCGGUUUGCAUCCACCUCCCCUGGGCUUUUGCUGCUGCUUCCCUCUCCGCUCCAUCAGCUCCCGCCCCACCCCCGAUGGCGAUGAGAUAAUCCUUCUGGAACGUCUGCCCUGCCCGCCAUGUCAAGCCAAGUGAAACAACAACAACAACACACACACUUUUUAUUCGAUUUCUUACCCCCCCCCCACCGCCUUCCCUGUUCCCUGAUCAGCUUAUAACAUAAGCAUGGGACAAAAGCAGGCUGGAAGGAGCUUUUCACAAUCAGUAUGAAUGCAAGUCCCGUCACCCAGUGAGCGAUGGACGAAGUGGGCAACAAUCUGCCCUGCCUGGCAAUGGGAGAGGACCCAUGACUUGUUGCUGGCUCCAAAUCUAGCCAGAGGGAAAAUGUCUCCAUGGGAGAGCUGUGCCAAUUUGGGGAGGAGGGCCAGUUAUUGGCCUGGAAGGUGGCGGUUUUGCGGUGAAUUUCUCCCUCAAACAUAAGGCAAAUUGGAAGACUUUGCUCCGAAACCUGGCUGGCUGGCAUGCAUGCCCCCUUGCUCUUCCACUUCACGGAGCUCCAUGGGAAUGGAGAAUCGCCCUUUUCCCACCCUGAGAAUAUUAUCCUUUGUCCACACGGGUUGGUGAGAAUUCCUGUUGCCUGCCAGCUGAGGCCUUUGUAUACUUAGGUCUUUUCAAACCAGGUUUUUUGAUCUCUCUUCAGCGCAGCCACAGUGAAGUGAGGCUGACAGAAUUCAGAGCAUCCCAAAGCCAGGCAUGUUUGGUGCCUCGCCCAAUACAAAAGGUCAAAGUGACUUGGAUUUGUGAAGCCAACCUGUGCACUAUUUUUUCCCAUUGAUGACAGCAAAAUUUGACAGGGUUGGGGGGGGUAAUAGCUUGCAUUUCAUAGCCUCUUUUUCGAUAUUUACAUCCUUAUGUACACCAGUGUGGUUUAGUGGUUAGCACACCAGACUAGGACCUGGGAGAGAUCAGGGUUUGAAUCCCCACUUGGCCAUGAAGUUCACUAGAUGACCUUGGGCCAGGCACUGCCUUUUUGUCAGGAGUACGUGCAGGAGCCAGGCCCUGUGACCAGCAGGACUUUGCAGGACUGGGGCCUUCCUAAGUUUGUUCUAAAGAGGCAAGGCGCGGCCGCACAGGUGAGGCCAAUUGGUAACUCACAGCACCUGGUGGCAAGAGCUGGGAAGGGAUAUAAGGUCAGCAUUUCCCUUCGGCUCUUUGCCACAGCAACACGUUCCCUGCCUUGGGCUCCUUGACCCUCAGACCCUUGACUUCAUGACUCCUUGCUUCCUGACCCUUGGGCCCUUGGCUUCUUGACUCCCGGCUCUCUGGCCCUCAGACUCUGGGCUUCCUGACUUCUGGCUUCAUGGUCUCCCAUUCCUGCUCCCACCCCACCAUCUUUCCCCCGGUCCCGACAUCCCCAGCCGGGACUUCAAUUGCCCGUGAACUGGACUGUGACACUUUUGGCCUGACCUACCUCACAGGGUUGUGAGAAUUAGGUGAGAAGGGGAAGGACAAUGGACACUGCAGUGGCCUCCUUGGAGAAAAGGGUGGGAUACAAAUGCAAUAAACAAAUAAAAUGAAUAAGGUUCUAGAAUAAGGGCAACCACUUCAGUAGGGUUGGACAACAUCUUUCUCCUGUCAGUAUGGUCAGAGAAGGUGCAGACAAUACAGCCAAGCUUGACAGCGACUGAGGGGAGUUGUAAUCCAAUAUACCAGGAGACCAACAGGUUAAGACCAGAAGAAAAGUCUGCUGGAUCAGGCCAGUUGUCCAUGUAGUCUAGCAUCCUGUUCUCACAGUGGCCAACCAGAGGCCUGUGGGAAGCCCUCAAGCAAGAUUUGAGCCCAAGAAGCCUCUCCCCUCCUGUGGUUUCCAGCAACUGGUAUUCAGAAUCAUACUGCCUCCAGCUGUGGAGACAGAACAGUAGCCCUCAAUAUUUCCUGCAUGAAUGUGUCCAAUCUUUUUUAAAGCCAUCCAAGCAGCUGGCAGCCAUCACUGCCUCCUGUGGGAGUGAGUUCCACAGAUUAACUAUGCACUGUGUAAAGGCUUUCCUUUCUCCGUUCUGAAUCUUCCACCAUUCAGCUUCAUUUAUGUCCACAAGUUCUAGUUUUACGAGAGAGGGGUGCAGAAACUGUUCUCCAUCCACAGAGCCAGUGUGGUGUAGUGGUUAAGAGCGGUAGACUCAUAAUCUGGUAAACCGGGUUCGCGUCUCCGCUCCUCCACAUGCAGCUGCUGGGUGACCUUGGGCCAGUCACACUUCUCUGAAGUCUCUCAGCCUCACUCAACUCACAGAGUGUUUGUUGUGGGGGAGGAAGGGAAAGGAGAUAGCUGCUUUGAGACUCCUUUGGGUAGUGAUAAAGCGGGAUAUCAAAUCCAAACUCUCACGUUCUCUAUGCCACGCAUAUUUUUUUUUUAUAAAAAAAAUUUAAUACUUUUAUUUUGCUUUAAACAAAUACAGAUAAAUAUAAACAACCAAAAUUACAAAAGAAAAAUCAAUAAUGAUAAUAAUAAUAAUAAUAAUAAUAAUAAUAAUGAAAAAAAGCUAAAAAAACUGCAAAAAAAUAUCAAAGUACAUGGCACAGAACAUAAGCCAUUAUGGGAAAGAAAAAAGGAAAAAGGAAAAGGAAAGAAGGAGGGGGGGGGAGAGAAAAAAAGGGAAAAAAGAAGAAAAAAAGGGGAAGAUGAGCCAAAACACAAGAAGGCUCAUCUAUUGUAUGCUUCCGCCAAGGUCACAACAGAUCAUUAUUCUUAUCAAUUCUCUCUAUCUGCAUUCCAUAGAAUCCCUCAUCUUGGUAUCAGGGAACAUUUCCCUAUGCCAUGCAUAAUUUUAUAAACUUCCAUCAUGACAACUCUUACUCACAAGCUUUUCUCUGAGCAAAAAUAUGUCCCAAACGCUGCAGGCUUUCCUCAGGGGGGAGUCACUCCAUUCCCUUGAUCGUUUUGGUUGUCCUUUUCAGAACCUUUUCUAACUCUGCAAUAUUCUUUUUGAGGUGGAGUGAGACAAAUGGCCACGCUUGGCUGGGACUGAAGGGAGUUGUGCUCCAAUAUAUCAGGGAAAGGCUGGUUUAAACUCCAGCCCAGUUCUGAACUGGCUUCAAGAUGGAGUGGAUAUUGUCUGCUUCCAUGUUAGGACUCAUUAGUGCUGCUGAGCUACUCAUAGAAUCAUAAAUUGUAGGCUUGGAAGGGACUCAAAGGGUUAUCUAGUUCAACCGCCUGCAAUGCAGGAGUCACAACUAAAGAAUUUUGGCAGCCCACUGCAAAUGUCUUCAACCCCAGCAGUUUCACAUGGCAUUUAAUGUAGUUCUCUGUCCCCCAUCAAAAUUUGGAAAUGUCCUUUGCACAAGAUGCAAAUAUAUAUAUUUGUUCAUAAGUCCCAUUCAGCCAUGUCAAUGUAACAUUUCUUGCUGUUACUACUUCUUCUUUUUUUAAAAGUGACUAAUUAGUUUCUUCCUGUUCAUUUGCCUUGCUGUGGUCUUCCUGACUUGCUGCUAAUUAGUCAGUUUCUCUUCCUUGCUCAGGAUAGGGGACCUUAAUUACUGGUUUCCUCUUUGCAGCCAGAACAAUUGCUUACUAAUUCAGUGUAUUCUAUUUUGUAAAAUUGCACUCAUUUAAAGGGGGGGGCACUGCUGCAAGGAAGAAGCAAAUAAUUAAAGCUAACACCCCACCCCCAUGGAACAGGAACUGACUAAUUAAGGGAAAUUCGGAAAUGCCGCAACAAUUGCAUAAGAAGCAACUAAAUAUCUAACUUAAUGGAAAGGGGUAAGCAGAGACCUACUAAUUAAAGCAAUAAUAGCCCUGAAAAGUCUCAAUAGCAAUUUGGGCAGAUAAUUGUGUUUGAAUUAAAAUAAUACAAUCACCACUAUCCAGGUCAGGAAAGUGAUGAAAAGUCAAUGUGGGAAAAGAGGGAUGUGCAGGGAUUGGUAGAGAUGGCUACCGUAUUUUUCGCUCUAUAACACGCGCCCGACCAUAACACGCACGUAGUUUUUAGAGGAGGAAAAUCCGUAGGCAUGCCACCCGUAGGCAUUCCCUCCAUAACACGCACAGACAUUUCCCCUUACUUUUUAGGAGGAAUAAAGUGAGUGUUAUGGUGCAAAAAAUACGGUAGUUCAGAUGACAACCUUGAGUUAGGUUAAAAAGAAAUGUCACUAGAUCCUGGGGCAGUCCACAUUUAUAUUGGUCUAUUCUGACCUCUUUUUUUGAAUGGUGACCUGGACCAUUCACAACGUAAAGAUAUUCUUCACAACUGUGAGCAGGGCAGGGGGGUGGGGUAAGUGAAGACAAAUACUGGUAUAUAUAUUGUUGUUUGCUCCUGCUCCUGCUCAGGCUGCAGGGAAAAAGCAACUUGGAUCCUGGAAUUCAUUCUGAUUGUGCAGAUAAAAUAUGACUGAUAGAAUUCUAUAGGAUGUGGUAUUAGUGUGCGAAAACAGUCAAGAUCCAGUGAUCCCCAGGCAUGCAUCUCCAGAUGACAGAGAUGUGAGGUGCCAUCCUGGUGCCCAGGCAUCUUCACUUGUUCGCAAGGGGUCAAUAGGUGCAGAAUCCACCUGGUGCCUGGCUAAUUUCGAACACUGGUUUUCACUAUACUGUGGUCUACUAAGAAGAGUUUGGAUUUGAUAUCCCGCUUUAUCACUACCCAAAAGAGUCUCAAAGCGGCUAACAUUCUCCUUUCCCGUCCUCACAAACACUCUGUGAGGUGAGUGGGGCUGAGAGACUUCAGAGAAGUGUGACUAGCCCAAGGUCACCCAGCAGCUGCAUGUGGAGGAGCGGAGACACAAACCCAGUUCCCCAGAUUAUGAGUCUACCGCUCUUAACCACUACACCACACUGGCUCUCCACAGCUGCAGGGGCAGGAGGCAAAAAACCUGGCUUUAGCCCUAGCCAGCAGCACUCCCUUGGCCAGAAGAAAGGUGGGCUUCUUUCCACUGGAAGCAGUUGAGCUGCCUGCAGCUGCACCCGCAUCCUCGAAAGGAGCAAUAUCUAUGACACGCAAUAGAGCAAUGCACAAUAAAUAAUAAUAAUAAUAUAUUAUUUAUACCCCGCCCAUCUGGCUGGGUUCCCGCAGCCACCCUGGGCAGCUCUCAACAGAAUACCAACAACAACCAUAAAAAAGCGAUAAAAUGUCAAACAUUAAAAACUUCCCUAAACAGGGCUGCCUUCAGAUGUCUUCUAAAAGUCAGAUAGUUGUUUAUUUCCUUGACAUCUAAUGGGAGGGCGUUCCACAAGGUGGGCGCCACUACCAAGAAGGCCCUCUGCCUGGUUCCCUGUAGCUUCCCUUCUUGCAAUAAAACAAGAUAUGCCUUGAAACAGCUGUGUAGAAGGCAAUUAAUAAAUCAGUGAUCAUGGUGAUAAUGACAGUAGUAAGCAUCUGAAGCAGCAUGAUCUUAAACUGUCAGUUACACCCUCAGGAUGGAGUAGCACCCUCUUACACCAGGACAGCAAAAUGGAACAGGAAAAGAAAAUCCCCUGCUCUUGUGACCCCCAUGUGCAAGUGGGACUCUGCCAGCACAAAGGAGGGAAUCAGGUAGAGCUGGAAUGUGUGGGAGACUGAGUGGAUUUCUGACUGCCUCCUCCCGAAGGUGACCAAAUGCUACGCUGUUCUAUUCUGAGUGAUGGCCACAACAAUCUGAGGGUUUUAGCUCAAUCAGGAGGUUCAUGGCAUACUUUGAGGGCCCAGCGAAGCAGAGUCAGGUGAGACAGAGGACAGAGCCCAGAUUUCUGUGAGGCUGAGCAAGGUUAGGCCAGGCACAGUUCAGCUUCUUCUGAUGAAGCAAAGUAACUACUGUAAAGCAAGGCAGGUAUUUAGGAUGCAGGUAGCACCCUGGACAGCUCCAGAAAGAGCUCAAGCCCAAGACUCCUAAGAGCAAGUCUCAAAUAUUGCUUCAGCAACACACACUCCCAGAUCAAGCCUUAAACAGAGCUGAAGUUACCCUCUGGUCAGCUAAAGAGAUGUGGCCUGCUUCAAUACCUGUUGACUCUUAAGGAUGCAGAGGAGCAGGAAUUCCACUGGGGUUUCUGUGCUUGGCUCCUUGGGAAUCUCUUGUGCUGGAGCUACUGGGGCCACGGAGGACAUCCAGAGCCAUGUCUGAUGGCCAUACACUCUCCCAGUUAGAUACCUCCUCUGCAUCCACAGCCUCUUCUUCUGAAGAUGGUGAGUUGGACUGCAGGGCUAUGGCAUAUAACCUCAUUGGAGGUUUUUAGAAAGAGGUCAGAGAUUCUUCAGAUGUGAUUUCUGCUUUGUGGGGCAGGGGCUCUUGUGCUUGGGUCCUGCUGGCAGGUUUCCUGCAGGCAUCUCAUUGGCCAUGUGAGAAUAAGAUGCUGAACUACAUGGGCCACUGGCCUGGUCCAGCAGGCUUUCUAGAUGUUCUUAAGGCAUCUUCCUUUUUCUCACAGGCACCUCUAGUCUAACAGGGGUUUAAAACAAUGCAAAAACCUGCCAGCUCAUUUGCCCAAAGCUGAAAAUGGGGUGAGCUUAGAUGCAAUGAGCAAAUAUUCCUUUCCCGGCUGCUUUCAAUUCGGUCAAUUCCAGGAUUGAUUUGGUACCUGCCUGUGGCUUUAUUAACUCGCAAAAGCAUGAUAAAUGUUCUGUUCCUCUCCAUUUUGUAAGCUGCACAGCUUUUAAAGCCGGAAGGAGGGCUUCGUAAGCUGUGCUUUCUGCAAGUCUGUGUGCCUGAGAACUAGAGAGAGACCCGUGCUGUUCUGAGGUUGCUAAUGGUUCCAGUUCUGGUGGUUCUUUCUGCCGGAAUUGCUUCCCAACCUGUUUGAAAAGGGAAGUGGGUGGCAGUGGUGCACAAUUACAACACUGAAGUAGUUGCUGAAAAGCUGUCUCUCACCCAGGAUAAUAAUGCAGUAGGAUUGAGAGCAAUUUCUGCCUGCUGGGAGGCAGAGCUGGCUCCGCAGGCUCCUUAAGAGCUUGCAGGCUUUGGCUUCGCUUCCCUGCCGAUAAAUCUGAUUCAGCUAAUGUGACAUUUCCCUACAAAAUGGCAUUUGACAAGGUAGGGUGGGGCUCAUUCAACACAGCAUAUAUUGGUUGGGCUGUUCAUGUCUUGGGCAAGUGCUUCUCCAUGGGCCCUGCUCACUUACUGGGUCUACCUUCCUACCACCAUUAUCUCCACCUUCUCCUCUUCUUCCUCAUCACUGCUGUCACUUGCUUGUCAGCCAGGCAGAUGAUCAAGGAGUGAACAAGCAGCGGCACCUCUUGCUCAUAUGAUCUGGGCUAAGCCUGGUUGUCAAAAAGAAAGCUUUCGAUUGGCCUGGCCCCCGAGCAGCCCUGGUCCCACAGUCUCUGUGCCAUUCCCAAUUUUUUAUUAAACAACCUCUGUUGUUGUUUGGUUGGAGGGAGGUUUUGUAGGGGUUGCAGCCUGCUUUGUAUGUGUGUGUUAUUUUUUUGCGAUGGUGCAGGCGUUUUGCCUGCCACUCAAGGAGUGUCUCUGGGUAUUGUCAGUUUUUCUUCUCUGAAAUGGUUACUUUGUGGUGCCCACGACAUUUUCUUGGGUUUCCAAAUAUGUGCCUAGGCCUAAAAAGUUUGCUGUAGUAGGAAGCCAUGCCAGCAUCUCUGUUGUUGUUGCAGCAGUUCUUCUAAUCUAGAGGUCCAUGUGCCAAGAUUUGUCUGUACUUGCAGCCUGCUUUAAUUGGAAGCACAAGGCGUUGAUUGGUCCCAAUUAUUUUCGGUGGUGUUUGGAAGGUCUCUCCUUCCAGGGAACACUGGAGAGAAACUGGCUACUCUUUAGAACAUGAAUUCCCCUGUUUUACACCUUCCUUCCUUUUCACACAGGAUGCCAUUGGUAUAAGAAAGAGCAAAGGAAAGAAAAUGCUGUCAGGCUGAACACAGAGGCUGUCCCCUGCUGAGGAUGCAAAAAGCAUCCUCUGUGCUUUAAAAAGCAGCUUCUGCUCCCAAGAACUUGCAACCGACCUGAACCCUAGAGGGGCCUUUUGGGGUUUCAUCAGUGCAAGGGCUUUUCACAAGGGGGAUUUUAUAUAUAUAUAUAAACAACAACAACCAAAAACUCACAGGGUUUUAUGAACUCACUAAGCUGUUUGGCAGCUGGGUCCAGACAAUGAAAUACUUAUAGACAGUUGCCCAGCUUUGGACCAGGAGAGCAUCUGUGCCUUAAGUUAAUGAGCCUUAGCCAUGUCUUGUCUUAAGGCUGGAGUUCGGUCUGAAUGACCCACUGUCUCCAACCCCCAACCCUAUAAUCCAGUUAAUAGAAUUGGGUGGCUAGGAAAAUGCCCAACAAGUGUGCAUUCUCCCCUACCUUGCAAUGCUUAUAAUCACUAAAUCAUAUAAUUGUAGAGUAGGAAGGGAUCACAAGGGUCAUCUAGUCCAACUCCCUGCAAUGCAAGAAUAUUUUGCCCAACAGGGGGCUCAAACCCAUGACUGUGAGAUUAAGAGUCUCAUGCUCUACUGUCUGAGCUAAUGGUACCAGGGGCAUCAUCAACACUCAGGAUUAGCUGUCACCAUCUAGUUCUCUGUAAAUUUCUGUUUUUUCUUGCCUUAAUGUGUGUAUAUACUGCUGUUUUAGGCUUUUUAAAUGCUUUAGUAACCUAUUGUUUGCCUUUUCGACUGUACACUUCUUUUUGAAAUAUUAAGCAAUUUGUAAAUGCCUACACAGAGAGAGAGAGAGAGAGAGAGAGAUGAGAAAUGAUAGGUAGAUGAUAGAUAGAUAGAUAGAUAGAUAGAUAGAUAGAUAGAUGGAUAGAUAGAAAUAUAGAGAGACAUCUCUAGAAAGAGCUGCCUGUCUUCCACUCCAGCAGUGGUCUAGUGGAACAGGGACUUAUUUCUCAGCAUGGGCCAUGAUGUCAUCUCCUGAGAUGGUCCUUGCCAAUCUUCUGCAUGCCAAGUGAAUAAACUUUUCUCAAAGAGAAACCCGUCAGAUAGGCUCAGCAGAGGAAGAGGCAGGUUACAUCAGAAAGAAUGGCUCAGGGCUCAAGUGGCAAUGGCCACCUUUUGUUUUAAAAAUCCCCAUGUUCCUUCAUGAUGACCAACCAGAAUGUCCCAAGCAUUGGGAUCUGCUAAAACGCAAACAAUAAAACAAUCAAAACUUCUAAAACCAAUUCUAGGACAGACACAGACUGGGCAAGAUCUCUCUUCUUCUUGUUGGAAGAAGAAGGUCUUCAGUUGAGGUGUCAAAAAGACAAAGGGAGCCUGUGUGGUGUAGUGGUUAGAGUGUUGGAUUAGGACCUCAAAUCCCCCACUCAGCCAUAAAGCUCAAUGGGUGUGACGUUGGGCCAGUCACUGCCUCUCAGCCAAACCUACCUCACAGGGUUGUUGUGGGGAUUAAACGAGGAGGGGGAGGAACCAUGCAUGCCACCUUGAGUCCCUUGGUGAAAAAGGUGGGAUAUAAAUGUUGUUUAGUUGUUUAGUCGUGUCCAACUCUUCGUGACCCCAUGGACCAGAGCACGCCAGGCACUCCUGUCUUCCACUGCUUCCCGCAGUUUGGUCAGACUCAUGUUCGUAGCUUCGACAACACUGUCCAACCAUCUCAACCUCUGUCAUCCCCUUCUCCUUGUGCCCUCAAUCUUUCCCAACUUCAAGGUCUUUUCCAGGGAGUCUUUUCUUCUCAUGAGGUGGUCAAAGUAUUGGAGCCUCAGCUUCAGAAUCUGUCCUUCCAGUGAGCACUCAGGGCUGAUUUCCUUCAGAAUGGAUAGGUUUGAUCUUCGUGCAGUCCAUGGGACUCUACUGCAAUGAAAUAAUAAACAGAGGUGGAGCCCGCCUAAUAUUUAAUGGGAGGAAAUCGCAAAGGGUAGGAGGUGCCACAACACUAAAAGAAACACAAUGGCAUUUUGUCCAGGACAGGUACUAUCUGUGCUGUGUGAGUAUUUAAGACCUCAGUGGCUGUGGUGUUGUGAAUGUUACCCCAGAAACAACCGUGGGACGGCAUGCCUCACCCCAUCCCUCUCGGUCACUCUCUGCUGAACAUCACAGCGAACGUGACUUUUGCAAGGGAGUGUUAUUGACCACCCCCACCGCCUCCAUUGGCUUAGCGGGUCAAUCGAUAUCCCCCAAUGUCACUCAGAGAUGAGGCUGACCUUCCUCUUGAAUGGAAAGUGACUGGGAUCUAUUUCCAUGGCCUGCGCGGGAGAUGCCCUCCAAACGUGUCAAGCCCUCUCCUCUGCAGACCCAGACAGACCUCUCAGACUCAAACGCCCCCCUUGGUUCAAUGGAGCCGGGCUCUGCUUUCAGUCCCCCUCUCUCUCUUGCCUUAGGAAUCGUAUUGCACGCCCUUUGCUUGCCUUGCAAGGAAGGCCUGCCCAUUGCUGGGGCCGCCCUUGCGGGAAAGCACUCUGUCUGGCGCAAUGAAUAAUUGAAGCGGUAUAGAUUCCUUAAAGUGCUUUUCUGGAGGGUGGGGAGGCGUUUAUGGCGAGGUGGCAGCCGCCUGGCUCUUUCUGCCUGAAAGGUUUCGGUGGAGAGCACCGCAGUGCUUCGUGCUGUCUGUCCCACAGGCUGGAAGGUGAGCUGCCUGCCUGUUUAAAACGGGCAGAUGCUCCAAGUUUCUUUUUUAAGUUGCCUUCCCAGACAAAUCCAGCAGCUGCAGUGUGUCCCCAGGGCUAUGGUUCUGUCAGUAUCCAAAGCCACCCCCCACCCCCCGACUGGUGUGUUAUUGUGGGUUUCUUGUACAACAUGUUCCCGACACAAUAACAGUGCAUUAGCGGUGGAUUUAUUCUGCUUUAUUAGUUGAUCUCUGAUGUUUCCCCAGUGAUUCUACCAUGUCAUUGCUGUCUGGAAGGGCUAUCAAAAGUCAGCCAACCCCCACCCACCCUCAGAAAAUUUUCAGUAUGCAAAGUUUCAUAUAAUUGUAGAAUUAUAGAGCUGGAAGGGACCCUGAAGAUCUAGGGUCCAAUCCAGUGCAGGAAUAUGCAGUUAUCCCUCCACGGUUGAGACAGCAACACUUCUGAAUCCCAGGCACUGGAAGAUGGGAGAUAAUUGUGUUUGAAUCCAGUGUUUGUGCCCAGCAGCAUAGCAAUGCUUUCAGCUUCUCCUGCUGUCCUGCAGCGCCCGUGUCGCCCAGCAACCCCCCUGCAGCCCAGCAACCCCCAGGCCACCCCACGGUCCCCUGUGGCACCUGGUGCACCCCUCCCCUCCCAGGCCUUCCUAUGCUACUGCUUGCUCCUUUCGCACAGGCAUCUGGUUGGCCACUGUGAGAAAAGGAUGCUAGACUCAAUGGGCCAUGGGCCUGAUUCAGCAGGGCUCGUCAUAUGUUCUUAAGGGGAAUCAGGCCUGCUAGGACAACUCCCAACAGCUGCAGCUCUUGCCAAGCUGAACAGAAGAAGCUGGCUUGGACAGAGUCAGAUCCUUACACCAGCCAGCAGCUCAUUGUCUCCAUAUUCAAAGCUCUCCAGAAAAGAAAGGCUUCUCUCUCUCUCUCUCUCUCUUUCUCUCUCUCACAUGUGCCGUAUUCACAGUCCUCCCCAUUGCCCUCUCUACCUUCCUCUGGUCAUCCAGAAGGCUGAAGAAUGCAGUGUGUGCAACAAUAUAAUCUGCGCCAGCAUUUCCUUGUUGGCAAGAAGGAAAUGGUAAGAAAGCAUCAGCUGGAGAGAGAGAGAAUAAGUGGUGUAAGGCCACAAACAUCCCUUAAUUAACAUUCCUGAGUUCUGAGGUGUUUCUUUGGAGACAAAGCACGCUGGACUCUUUCUCUCUCUCUUUGGUCCAAGCCAAAAAUGAGCCAGGAUCCCAGAAAAGAAAGCCUUGCGAUGUGCUUUCGAUGUGGAAAGCGAAUGUUCCUCCUGGGAAAUGGAGAAGGGGCAAAAAGGACAGAAACGCCCCCCAAGCUCACCAGAAAGUCGGCCUGGAAAACUCAGUGCAAGGAGGCAAGGGAUAAAUUGUACUAUCAUGCCACCUCCAGAACAUCCACAUAUAAUCAGAAAUAUGUUUAUUGGGACUGAAAAGCCCCCAAAGCCGGCCAGGUACCAGAUGGCAAUUCUUAAAAUAGAAAUGGGUGUUAAUAUAAUCUCAUUCCAUUAAAAUAAUCCAUAGAAACCUCCUCUGUUGGGGUUGUGGGGGCCUUGAAGUGAAACAACAAAAUCUUAUAAAAGGGAGUAAGAUUACACUAUGGGCUGUGAGUGGAGAUAGAUGACGCUGAGUCUGUUCUAGUUGUGGGAUCUUGGGUUGCCUCCAAACUGGCACUGUUUUGCAGGAGACACUCAAGCACAUACCAGAAAUGUGGGGGAUGUACAAUCAAAGUGGGGUGACACAAAUCUAUUUCUUUAAACAAUCCAAUUCUAAAAAAAAAAAGCCCAGACUUUUUGCAGAGAACAGUGAUGGAGCAAUGCACUGAAAAGUGUGGGAUGAACAGGUGAUUGAUGAGAAGACUUAUAAAGAAAUCAGAAUGAAUGCCCAUCGUCAUAAAUCAAAUCAAGAGGAAUGCUCAAUAAAGAUAGGACAUUGUCUAAUCUCAGCGUAAGCUUUGUGAAAGCAAAUCAAGAUGAAUGAUGCCCAAGAAGCAUGCUGCCUAAAGAAACCCUCAGCAAAAUGAUCUUUGAGGUGGCUCUCCCACCUUUCCCCCUACCAUGUACCAUAUUUUUCGCUCUAUAAGACGCACCAGACCACAAGACACACCUAGUUUUUGGAGGAGGAAAACAAGAAAAAAAUAUUCUGAAUCUCAGAAGCCAGAACAGCUGCACAGUGAAAGCAGCAAUCCCUCUUGCUGUUCUGGCCUCUGGUAUAGCUGUGCAGCAUGCAUUCGCUCCAUAAGACGCACAUACAUUUCCCCUUACUUUUUAGGAGGGGAAAAGUGAGUCUUAUAGAGCAAUAAAUACAGUAUUUCACCCUGUACAUAGAUCAGCUUUCUCCAGCCUGGUGCCUUCCAGAUGUUUUGGACUACAACCCCCAGACACCAUGACUGAGGAAGGCUGCUAAAGAGUAAACAGCUUGCUCUGGGUGUGUGCAACUACCACAUUCUGUAUUGGGUGCCAAAAUACAUUUCUCAGCAUUUGUAAGUUUCUAGUCCUGACACUGGGAAAAUGAGCUGGAGAAAGUGUGGACAAUGCCUGUUGAGCUCUUGGGGCUGUGUAGACUUGAUUCUGUUCGGCUUCUUGACCUUUCUAAUAUUUAGCAGAAAUAAGCUAUGCAUAAUUUUUUUUAAUGCAUUUGCUUCAUAUGCAUAAACUCUUCAGGUUGCACAAUCAGAGGCUUUUCUUGGCAUGCAUUUUGGACGUGCAGAAAGUGAAUCAGUCCAGCCCUGCCUCACAAGUGGCCAAGAAUCUUGCUGGGGAGGUGGCAACAGGCAGAACUGGAAGGCUUCUAUGGAGUUCUGCCUUCAGGCUCCUUGCUGUACAUUCAUAUUUUUCUUAUAUAACGGGGUGGCACUGGAGAGAACAGCUUAGAAAUCUGCCAGCGUGAUGGAGCUCCUUUGUCCUCAGGCCCCUGCUGACUCACUGAUGACAACUGACUUAAAUGUCCUACUUCAUAAAACUCCUCUGUGUCAAGUAAGGACAGCUUCCUCCCAGGAUGGUCUUACUGAUGCAUGGUGUGAUUUGGAAAAUGUUUGCAGCUGAAACAUAGCCGGCAAGGAAGCUCCCACUUUUGUAUCUUUCUGGCCACCAGAGAGUGCCUCAGAAUCUCAGUUACCUUUGGGCAGAAUUUGGGAUUUUUUAAUUUAAAAAAUACAGACCUGACACACCCAAGGGCAUGUGAAGAAACAAAGUACAGCUCCCGUAUUUGCAAAGAAAGGAGCAUUUUAGCAGAUUCAGCUUGCCGUGCAUGGGUAAGAAAUGUGAUUGGGUUGCUUUGUUCUAUAAUUUCCAGCUUGCCUUUCCAAAUUACAGUAAGCUAUUUUUAUGAUGAUUUGCAACAGUGGAUACAAGCCCUGUGUUGUUUCCAGCAACUGGAAGACUCAAGACCAGACCUUAUAUUCUGUGGCUUCCCAGACUGCACCCUGACCCCAGCUGCUGGUAAAAAAGGAGUUCCAGGAAUUGCUUACUCACAAGUAGGCAACAUACUCAAGAGUGGCAUGACAACUCUGGGCUGGAAGGUGCAUGUCGUGCCGUCACUCUGGCGCCUGCGUUCUUGAAGCUCCAAGGCUUCUUCAGCAGAUUUCCUGCUAGAGGGAUCUCCCAGGGGAUCCUCAGCAACUGGUCCAAGUGGAAGCUCUACCUGCUCCCCAAGGCCUUUGACCUGUAGAGUGUCUGGUUUGUCCUCCAUGUACUCAACAAUACAUGUGGAAAGUAUCUAGAGAUCUUAGUAGAUCACAAGCUUAACUGGAGCCAACAUUGUGGUGCAACAGCAAAGAAAACUAAUGCAAUUCUAGGCUGCAUCAUCAGAAUAGUGACCAGAUCAAGGAAAGUCAUGGUUUCAUUCUAUUCUGCCUUGGUUAGACCACACCUGCAGUAAUAGGUCCAGUUCUAUGCACCACAAUUUAAGAAGGAUAUUGACAAGCUGGAACAUGUAUAAAAGAGGGCAACCAAGAUGAUCAAGAGUCUGAAAACUUAGUCUUAUGAAGAACUGUUGAGGGAGUUGGGUAUGCUUCGCUUGCGUAAGAGAAGAUUGAGAUUGAUAUGGGAACCAUUUUCAAAUCUUUGAAGGGCUAUCACAUGGAAAAUAGGGCAAGCUGCUCCAGAGGGUAGGACCCAAACCAAUGGACUCAAACCAAUGGACUCAAAGGUGGUGAACUCUCCUUUAUUGGAGGUUUUUAAGCAGAGGUUGGUGACCACCUGCUUGAGAUUCUUUAGCUGUGAUUCCUGCAUUGCAGGGGUUACUCUUGUGGUCUUUUCUAACUCUACAAUGCUAUGAUUCUAUUACUUGGUGUCUGGCAUCAGGUCAGGUCGAGGCAUGACAGGCAGGUGGCAAACCGUGAAUGGCCUGGGCAGAGCCAUGUUCCAUUCACUUUGGGAGUGCAACAGUUUUACAAGGCAAUGUGGAUGAAGUUGCUGAAUGAUGAGCAACUUGUGUUCAUUACCCCUUCUCCUCAUGAUAAGUUGCUUGUUUUCUGGGCAAGGAGGGGGCCUGUGUUGGCUCCAGAGUUCUUGUAAUAUAGGCCAGGUGUUUCAGCACCAUGGGGAGCUCUGAGGGAGCCACUUGGCUCCAGCAGGGCCUAGAGGACCAGAGUCUCUGCCUCCCAUCUGUUGCUCCUCAACUCCACCUACUUUGUGAGAUUAGCAAUCCUUAAUGAACCAACCCUCUGGUCUACAGAUGGGCAUUUCUUUUGUGCUUCCUGGCCUUCCACCUGGCACGUAUCCUGUGUCAUGGAGUAGACUAAGAGACCAAUGGAUUCAAAUGACAAGAAAGGAGAUUCUAACUCAACACAAGGAAGAAUUUCCUGACGUUAAGUGCUGUUUGAUAGUGGAACAAGCUCCCUCAGAAAGCAAUGGACUCUCUUUCAAUUGAAGCUUUUAGAUAGAGGUUCAAUAACCACCUGUCAGGAAUUAUUUAGCUGUGAUUCCUGCAUUGCUCCUGAGUUGGAGGAGAGUUGCAGUCCCUUCCAACUCUACAAUUCUGUGAUUUUGUGAACAUGAAGAAGCUGCUGAUCUGGAGUCAGGUGUUUCCAUAGCUCUUUGGGCAGCUGACCUUCCUCCCCAAAAACACAGAUACACAUAUACACACUCCAAGGACUUAACUGGAUGGAGGUGGUCAUUGGAAUCCCUGGUGUUACACUGCCAAUGUGACUUUCUUCAAGAGUCUCUACCACCACCUCUGCCACCACCCAGUUAGUUUUAGAAACUUGAUUCCUGCCACCAAAGAGCUGGGAAAACUGUGAGUCAGCUCAGACCUUUGAGCACGAAAAGCUGAACAAAACAGGCUGUCAGAAUUUGAGCUACUUCAUAUGCAAGGCAAAGGAGGAAGCAGAGGAAAUGGCUUUUGAUAUUAUAAUUUUUCUGAAUGUGGAUAAGACAGGCUUGGAAUGCACCAUUCAUGAGGCUGGAUUCAGCAAAAUCAGGGGAUAAAUAGUGCUACAUUACAAUGGGCUUAAGAUCCUUGACAUGCAGUUAGCCUGCUCCUAGACAAAGUAGUUUAUAAAAAUGGUAAAGAUUUGACUCAGAAAUAUCACUAUGGCGUAGAACUGGCUCUGCUCCCUUACACUAUCGGUAAUUCAACGAAAUCUUUCUUUGUUGACUUCAUCAGGCGAGUGAUAAAUGGAUAGAGGAAGAGGGCAAUAUAUUCUCCCUUGUCACUUCCCAAGUGAUGUUGCAUAAAUUAAUAUGUUUCUGCAUAUCCAUAAUAAACAAAUGCAGAAGGCAUGGAAGUCUGCCAGUCUUUCAGGUGCCACAAGGCUCUAUUGUUUAAACUCCAUGUGGAUUAUCAUUAUUUUGAAAGUACCUAACAGUCUCCUAAGAGGUCAUUAGAGAUUUUAAUUUUAAAAGUGAUUAAAGUGCAAUGACUGCCUAAGUCCUCUGUUGUGAGUGUACAAGCAGUGUGUACUCUGGACUACCCCCUCCCCCCAAAAAAAUCCUUAUUUUUGUUGUUGUUGCCAAGAUCCUGAGAAUUUUCUGAAAAGCCUAAAUUGUGAACCCAAAUAUUUCGCAGGUUAGAAGCAAAUCAGUACAGAUUGUCUUAUCUUUCCUCAUUUAUCCUGGAGUCUCCUGGAGUCUUGGCAAGGCAAGACUGAAGCUGCCAUCAAUCUCUUCCACCUCCUCUCGCUUCUGACCUUUGGGUUUCAAGCUUACCUCUUCCCCCAUAUGGACUAGGAACUUGCUGAGUUCUAUACUGAUCAUACUGACUUUGGGGGUUUCACAAAGCAGUUGUAGCACUUGAAGGCACAGCCAUUGUGUGGGUUUGUGCAUGGACUUGGAUGGAGGCUGCUCUUCCUUUCGGCAAUUCUUUUUACCAUGGUGUGUGUGUGUGUGUGUGUGUUGGAAUCAUGAGUCACUCCCCAAAGUCUUGGAAACUGCUGGCUGGAUGUGUGAGAGCCUCUGUCCUGAGACUCUCACAUGACGCCAAGAACCCUUUUUGUGCAGGAUGAACUUUCUUCCCAUUCAGCCCCUAAAAGAGCCAUUCAUCUCUGGGUGCUCCAAGGGGCUGAGUCUCCUGCUGUUUCUGCCAUACUGAGCAGCCUUCCAGGGGACCCGGUGCAAAAGUCACAUCCAGCUGCAGCUGCAAUCUUGCCUUUCCCAGCUUAUGGCAGGCGCAGAAGCUUCAGAGUUGUUUACAGGAAAUACAGCAGGGCGAGGAAGGGCCCCCUCUCCCCAACCCCCCUCCCUCCCCUUUCUCCCUGCUCUGACAAAUUCACAUGGGUUGCUUAUGGAUGACUUCCGCUCUUUAGAAUGGAAAUCUGGGAGAGAGCUUGGCUGGGUGACCAAGUGUAUGGCUGUGUAUGUGUAGAUGAGAACACACAUAAUAAAAAGAGGGAAUGAACUGCAGGCUCCUUGCUAUCAGCUUUGUAAGUCAAGCGGGUGCAUUGGCCAGCACUGGCACUGUGGUGUAAACGACUGAGCCUUGGACUUGCCGAUCAGAAGGUUGGCAGUUCGAAUCACUGAGAUGGGGUGAGCUCCCGUUGUUUGGUCCCUGCUCCUGCCAACCUAGCAGUUCGAAAGCACGUCAAAGUGCAAGUAGAUAAAUAGGUACCGCGGGAAGGUAAACGGCGUUUCUGUGUGCUGCUCUGGCUUUGCCAGAAGCGGCUUAGUCAUGCUGGGCACAUGACCCGGAAAAACCGUCUGCGGACAAACGUCGGCUCCCUCGGCCAGCAAAGCAAGAUGAGCACUCCAACCCCAGAGUCGUUCGUGACUGGACUUAACUGUCAGGGGUCCUUUACCUUUAUAUAUAUAUAAAUUCUACUCCCCACCCCAUACCCACUGCCUUGAGGUACAUCUUUGUGAGAAGAAAAGGCUAUGGAGUAAACCCUUCACAAACCUGGAACGGAGUCUGUAAGAUGGUUAGAUGGCAACUUGUACGCCUCCUCCCAGCAACUCCUGCAGCCAGAUUGGUGCCAAACAUAUUGCUCUGCUUUCCUUUGGACCACAUCAGCGAGGCUGAGAGGGAGAUCUUGUUGUCUGGGUAGCCCGGGACCUCCAUACAUACUGCCUAGGCUUGCACUCCAUUGUUUCUCAAGACAGACUGAUGCCAAUAACAGUUACACCCCACCCCAAUCUCAUUGACAGCCGAACAGAUCUUGCUUCCCCAUUGGAUCCAGCAAAGAGCAAGCAUGUCUCUGCAUCUCCUCACUCACUCACACCACUUUGGCUAUUAUUCUCCUACUGGUAGUUAUAUAAGGGUGGUGGUGGUGGAAGAAAUGCCCUCCCAUUAGCCUGGAUGGUACUAUCCCCUAGUUUUAGCUCUUGCAACCUAGCUCAUUAUUUUGUGGUGGUGAAGAGGACUCUUAAGUAGCCAGUUAAGAUCUUACAUUGUCUUACAAAGAGUGAACUCCCUCCCUCCAUGCAUUUGGUGGGCUUGUUGUUCUUGGCAGACAUGCAGGCUUGCUCUCUGGUGGGCAGCCGAGCUGUGAGUUUCAGCAGGAUGUGAAGUCUGGUUUAUUCUCUCCAGAGACCGGGAUCUGGCUGACACUAGAUUCCCAUAGACCAGAGGUUGGGAGCCUCAAGCUCUGGGGGCCAAAUGCAGCACUUCAGGACUCCCUAUCCGGCCCAGGCUUCCCAGGCCAUGCCCCUCACAGGCCCCGUGCUGCACACUCCUUGGGGGCAUUUGGCUUGACUGGGGAGUGUCCUUGAACUCUGAUACAAUCCCCCUUGCUUGCCUGGAUGAAGGAUGCAGAGAUCUGUGCAGGGCUGAAAUAUAAGAGUCCCACCUGUUGCUUGACCUCCUUUUUGCCUCCAGCCACACCCACUAUUGACUCUGGCAUGUGGCCCCUAGGAAGGAAUGUGUCCCUUGGCUCCACACCCCUGAGACAGGCUGUGGUCUGACCUUUAUGGUAUUACCGUAUUUUUUGUUCCAUAAGACGCACCUGACCAUAAGACGCACCUAGUUUUUAGAGGAGGAAAACAAGAAAAAAAAAUCUGAACGAAACAGUGGAUGUAUGAUUUUUGUGGUUCAUGCUGUGACCACAGACAUGUGAUUUGACAGUGAGUUUGGAGUAGCCCAAUGCAAAAAUCCUGAGGAUCCAUUUGGAUCCAUGCUUUGUAACCACGUUUUUGCGCCAUUGCGGCUCCAGGCAACAGUGGGUGGGUGAUUUUUUGGUGCAGGCUAUAGCCAUGGACAUGCUAUGUGAUCUGAUGGUGAAUUUGAGGUGACCCAAUGUAAAAAUCCUGAGGAUCCAUGGGCUUUUACCUCCCCCUCCCAGGCAGCCUCCUUUAUUGCUAGCUUCCCUUAUCUCCCUCCCCAAUCGCUUACUAAUCAGCUGCUUCCUUUCAACACCCCCUUCCCUCUUGUUUGCCUUAGUGUCUUUUCCUUAGCUGGAGCAGUUUUUUUGCUCCUCCUUUUCUUCUAAUUUCUCUCCUCAUUGCUUAAGCCUUCCUGUCUCCUCUCCUUGCAAGUUUGCUAUCUUUACCUCCUCCCUCCCAGGCAGCCUCCUUUAUUGCUAGUGUCCCUUAUCUUGCUCCUGUUCACUUGCCAAUCAGCGGCUUUGUUUCAACACCCACUUCCCUCUUUCAAAAAAAAAAGAAGCAGCAUGAUCUGCAUUUUGCCCCUGGGCAAUUCAGCUCCAGGGAUCACACAUUCGCACCAUAAGACGCACAGACAUUUCCCCUUACUUUUUAGGAAGAAAAAAGUGCGUCUUAUGGAGUGAAAAAUACGGCAUUAUGGGUGUCUAGGUGCCAAAACGGGGGGUGUACUUCUGUAUCUUGUUGGGUCUCCCUUUCUGUUUUAAGUGUGGGAGCCUGAGGCACCCCUCAUAAAAGGUGACAUUGCUAUAACCCCCCUCCAAAAAAACCCCUCUACGUUUCCCCCUUUGCAGAUGUCAUGGCGGCCGCAGUAUCGCAGCUCCAAGUUUCGAAACGUCUAUGGCAAAGUGGCCAACCGAGAGCACUGCUUUGACGGGAUCCCAAUCACCAAGAAUGUCCAUGACAACCACUUCUGUGCAGUGAAUACGAAGUUCCUUGCCAUAGUAACGGAAAGUGCCGGAGGGGGCUCCUUUCUUGUCAUUCCACUGGAACAAGUAAGCGACUCUUUGUUUGAUUACGAUCAGCAGCGUCACAUGCCACCACAAUCUCCGAGCGCUGAGAGACUCUAGGGUUUCCAAAAGCUUACCACGGUCCUGUUUCCUUGGAAGGAAGGUCAGAGGAGAUUGUGGGGUCUUCAGGAUAGUUGAUUUCAUUUACUCAUAUAUACAACCUUAGCAUCAGAUGGAGGGGCUCACAGAAUUAACACCUCAACAGAUCUUGCUUCUCCUUGAGUUGCAGCUUUGGAUCCAGCACUGAACAAGCAGGUCUCUGUGUCUCCAGCUUCCAGCCUACUUCCAGUUUAGCUCUCUCACACCUCACUGGUUAGUGUUCUCCUAGCUAGUAGCUAGGUGAGGGCGUGGAAGAAAGGCACAUCCGCUUCCCCUCUGGCACACAGCAGCCUCUUUGGUUAUGCUAAUCCGUUUAACUAGUCAGCCACAAUCUUUGCCAAACAAAAGGAAUGGUUAGCCAACUUUGCUUCCAUAUAUUCUACCCCCACAAGUAUAGGAUCCCAUGAAUUGGAAGGGAUUUAGGGCAUCAUCCAGACCAGACGUAGGCAAACUCCAGCCCUCCAGAUGUUUGGGACUACAAUUCCCAUCACCCCUAGCUAACAGGACCAGUGGUCAGGGAUGAUGGGAAUUGUAGUCCCAAACAUCUGGAGGGUUGAAGUUUGCCUAUGCCUGAUCCCCCCCCCGCAUGCAUAUCAUCAUCAUCAUCAUUAUUAUUGCUCAACAAGCUUAUGUUAACCCCAGUUUAUUGUCCUUCCAACAUGGGGGAGGGACUUUCUUUGUUUUGCCUUCUGUUCUCCAGCUGCUGCCAACGGCAACUCAAGUGGAGAAUCUUUCUGCAUGGGAAAAAGUGGAACCAGCAUCUUGAAAACGUAAAACAUUGGGGUGGGGGAGGGGGAAUGUUUCACCCCCACAUUUUCCUGCAAAUGAUUGCAUGUGUUGACUUUGCCCUGUGGGAUUUCCCUAAGAUGCUUGUGUGGAUUUUAAAAAUUAAACAUGAAAGUCUGGGUUAUAAAAUUUUAAACACCGAGUAAUUUUAAACCGACUUCCUGGAAAUGGGCCUCAGGGAGGAUGCAGGGGCACCUGUCAGUCACGUUUAUUUAUGGUCCAAGGCUCUCAGGCAAUGCUAUAAUAAUUGCUAUAGGGUUCAGGGUGUGGCUGCAGCUUAGAUGGAUAGAAAUGGGCUUGAUUCCCUUUCCACGGAAAGGUGUUGGAGAGAGAUUGAUGCUGUGAACCAGCACUGCAUUCACCCACAAUCAAUAGUGUGUGUAUGUGUGUGAGAGAGACACGGGGGCGGGGGGGAAGAAAGAGAGAGAGAUCCCUAACCCCAGAGCUGAUAAUCCCAUCAGACUCUACUGGCUAGUCUGAAUCUAUAAACAGCCAAAUAUAGCCCUGGUGGGGAUGUUCUUUAUCUCAUUUCAGCUGGGAUUGUGCACCUUUCCAGGUGUCCUGCUUAUCAAACAUGCAUCCUGACCUGUUUGCAAAACAUUUCCAGGGAAAUUCGAUGAUGUCAGCUAUUCAUUGAGCAUAUAGCCUCAUUUGUUUGAACAGAGAUUACACAAUGUUACAUUGACAGUGCAUUUCCCCAUCACUUCCCCUAUCAUAAAACAUUGUGCGUGUGUGUGUGUGUGUGUGUGUGUGUGUGUGUGUGAGAGAGAGAGAGAGAGAGAGAGAGAGAGAGAGGCUUUGUUGCCCCAGAGUGCCAAAUCAGCUUUACAACCUAAAUUUGCUGGAGACCAGGGUUCAAAUCAUUACUUGGCCAUGAAACUCACUGAGUGACCUUUGGGGGUUGUUGUGGGGAUUCAAGAAAAAGGGGAAGAAAACCCUGUGCUCCACCUUUAGCAUCUUGGAGAAAAGGUGAGCUUUCAAUGCAAUCAAUCAAUCAAUCAAUCAAUAAAUAAAUAAAUAAAUAAAUAAAGCCCUCUGCUGCACAGGGUUUUUGCCAGUGCAACUGCUGUUGUGCAACAUUAAAGCUCACCCUUCCACUUGUGUUAGCAGACAGAGAAUUCUGGAUUAAGUUCAUGUUCUGGAAGCACCCAACAUCUUUGCCACGGCAUUAGCAAUCAGUUAUCCACCCGGUCUUCCAUUGUCUGUGACCAACAGCCAUCACAAUGUAAUACACAAAAACAAUACAGUCCAAGAGCUGGGGUCCUCCAGAUGGCCUUUCUCUUCAGAUUUCAUCCUGUUUUACAUGCACAAAGUUUCGGUGGCAGUUAGAUCAUAUCCAGCCUUCAGAGAGUAUUUGUUCCGAUUUGUUUGCAGGGAGGUUAUAUGGCAACGAACAUUUGUCCUGCAUUCAUUCUGAUUUCCUUGUCACUGGCCAUUCAUUCAACCUGCAUUUUUUAAAACCAUUUGCCUAGCCAUAAAAAUCUUAGGUGUGAACACCUUAUUCCACUUUAAACCUGGAAACCAGAAGUUCCAAUAUGUGACUGAAUCACUCCCACAGAACACAGAAUCUGGAGGUGAUCUAUGUUAAACAUGUCACAUUUCAGAAAUGCAAAUGGUCAAAACAUGGAAUUGUAAAGCUUUCCUCCCAAUUUGUUCAGGGCUUAGAACAAUCUUCCUGGCAGUCAACAUGGAUUUGCAUAAAAAGCAGUCCAUAACUUUCUCACUGCUGGUGUAUGUGAAGCUACCCUACAGGCAGCAAACCAAUCUACAUUCAUAGAGUCAUAGAAUUGUAGAGCUGGAAGGAACACAAAGGGUCAGCCAGUUCAAGCCCCUGCACUGCAGAAAGUAGCCAGCAGCCAUCUAAUUUUGAAAUCAGCUAAAUGUCCACCUAAAUAAUUCUGGGAUGAAUGCAUUACUUUAAAUCAGCCAUGCUAGCUAGGGCCUGAUGAGCAUUCUUGUCCAGGGGUAGGCAACCUAAGGCCCGGGGGCCAGAUCUGGCCCGAUCGCCUUCUAAAUCUGGCCCACGGACCAUCCGGGAAUCAGUGUCUUUUUACAUGAGUAGAAUGUGUGCUUUUAUUUAAAAUGCAUCUCUAGGUUAUUUGUGGGGCUUGCUUGGUGUUUUUACAUGAGUAGAAUAUGUGCUUUUAUUUAAAAUGCAUCUAUGGGUUAUUUGUGGGCCAUAGGAAUUGGUUCAUUUCCCCCCAAAAAAUAUAGUCCAGCCCACCACAUGGUCUGAGGGACGGUGGACUGAAAAAGGUUGCUGACCCCUGUUCUAGUCCAAUGCAUCUGGAGGGCACCAGGUUGAAGAAGGCUGGCGUCCUCUGUCCCUGCAGCCCCUGCCUGCAUGAACUUUUAAUUCCACCUGAGACAGAUUUGAAAUUGGAUUGUGCUAGCCCACCACGGUCCAUAAAAUCAUACUGAUGGGCUGCCAGACUCUGCCCCUAACCCCACCCACCCAUGUACAGGGAGUGGCCUUAUGUGCAUCUGUGAAAUGGUGGAGGGAACAAGGUAUUUGAACUCACUUGGAGAAGGGCCAUAGUUCUGUGCAAAGUCCCAGAUUCAAUCAUUGGUGCUUCUAGGUAGGGCUAGGAAUGUCUUGUGCCUCAAACCCCAAACAGCCAUUGCCCGUCUGUGUAGACAGUACUGAGCUAUUUGGAGCAACGGGUCUGACUUGGUAUAUAUAAUGCAGCUUCCUAGGUUUCUAGUUGCUGGAGCUAGAUAAAAUCAGGGGCGCACCUUGCUGCAUUUGCAUAAUUAACAGGUGGGUUGGGAGAACAAAGAAGGAUUGGAUUAGUUUCUUUGCAAUCAGCUGGAGUCUUUUGAAAUGAACAGACCCCUAAUUAAUAUGCUUCUAUAUUUAGCAGAAAUAAAUUGAGGUAGCCUAGAAACUACCGAGAGCAGCCGCUUCAGCUCAGGAGUCUAAAGUCCUUGCUGCGAUAUUCUGGCGAGCUUUUAUUAAAAUGUCUUUCUUCCCCCUCAUCCAGUACAUUGCCUUCUCUCGGGGGACAUAUGUUCCCCUGCUGGCAGAUCAGAAAUCUUAGCUACUUAUGAUAAAAACCUGCUUCCCUGUUCUUACUGGAAGCCAGAAAAACUCCCACUCAGCAGACUGCAAGGCAGCUAUGGGGGGGGGGGGAAAGCCCCACAUGAGAAGUUUGGGGGAGAAGAUGCGAGCUGCAAGAGACCUACCGAUUCCUUAACCUAGACACGGCCAGGAUCAAGAGCGAGAAGAAGGGAGAUUGGGAAUCUACUGCAGUAGAUUGCUGAGCAUUUCAGUUUUCAGGCAGGAUCCACUUUCAUAGGCGGAAAUUCAGGUUGCAGAAUGUUAGGUGAUUGGGAGGCUAAACGUUAGAAUGUAAGAGAAGCCUGCUGGGUCAGGUCAAAGGGAGCCCAAUUAGUCCAACAUCCUGUUCUCACAGUGGCCAACCAAAUUUGCCUGUGGGAAACCCACAAGCAGGAUCUGAGCACAGCCCUGUUUAGGGAAGUUUUUAAAACUGAUGUUUUGAUGUAUUUUUAACCUUCUGUUGGAAGCUGCCCAGAGUGGCUGGGGAAACCCAGUUGAAUGGGCAGGGUAGAAAUAAUAAAUUGUUGUUGGUUGGGGGUGGUGGUGGUGGUGGACGACCAUAAAGAAGGCUGAUCACCGAAGAAUUGAUGCUUUUGAAUUAUGGUGCUGGAGGAGACCCUUGAGAGUCCCAUGGACUGCAAGAAGAUCAAACCUAUCCAUUCUUAAGGAAAUCAGCCCUGAGUGCUCACUGGAAGGACAGAUCCUGAAGCUGAGGCUCCAAUACUUUGGCCACCUCAUGAGAAGAGAAGACUCCCUGGAAAAGACCCUGAUGUUGGGAAAGAUGGAGGGCACAAGGAGAAGGGGACGACAGAGGACAAGAUGGUUGGAUAGUGUUCUCGAAGCUACCAGCAUGAGUUUGACCAAACUGCGGGAGGCAGUGGAAGACAGGAGUGCCUGGUGUGCUCUGGUCCAUGGGGUCACGAAGAGUUGGACACGACUAAACGACUAAACAACAACAAUAACAAGGUUUCCGGCAACUGGUAUUCAGAAGCAUUCAGGAGGCAGAGUAUAGCCAUCAUGGCCAAUAGCCACUGAAAGUCUUUUCCAUGAAUCUGUGCAAUCCUCUUUUGAAGCCAUCCAAGUUGCUAGCCACCACUGCUUCCUGCAGAAGUGAGUUCCAUAGUUUAACCCUGCAGAGAUUUCCUGCAACAAACCUGACUCCCCCUCCCUCCAAUUGGCAUUUGGGAAAGUGAUGCAAAACUGUGCAGCGAAGUGUGGAAUGGCACUUGCUUUGAUGCAACCUCAUCUAACCUGCCCCGCAAGCAGACCAGAAAGAAUGCUGAUGAAAUAGUCGGUGUCAUCUCAUCUCCCUGCAAAGAAAGCAGUGUGUGCAUCCCCAUUUACCAGCAUCCGUGGCGCUCCCACCACUGGUUUGGGAAGUGAAUUAGCAUUACAUUAGCUGCAGUCCAUAUCUACCUUGUAUCUAUCCUGUCCUUUCUUAUAAAAUGCUCUGUUUUCAUGUUUUCCCCACCCCGAAACCCCCCAGCUUUGAUCUGAAUUGAGGAAAAGAAUGGCCUGUCUGCAUGUUAGGUUGGUAAAGUGUACACAGCCCAAUUCCGGUUGAAUGCUCAGUGAGUCUCAACUGCCCAACAGCAGCAAUAAGGAAACAAAUUUGCUCACCUGUAUUAGACUGCUGAAAUUAGGGGCGAACAGGAGUGGAGUUCUGUCUUAAAGGGUAUGAGCUCAGUUCAGUUCUGAUCAGCAAAAGAGACUUCUCCUGUACAGAAAGUGCUAGGAGGCAUCCCUGUUCUUUAAUUCUAUCUGUAAGCCUUUUUGCACCUGGCUCAGAGUUGUACCAUCGUGGAGUGCUGGGCUAAAACAAAGCAGAUCAGACAAGCGCUUCGGCUAAGAGCAUGAGAAGACAUUCGCUAUGAAUUUCCCAAGGAGUAAAGGAUGUAUGAGAAGAAAAUACUCUCCUGGGUUGUAACUGUUUAAGCCCAGAGGGAUUUCAUUAGAACAUAAGAAGAGUCUGCAGGAUUGGACCAGUGGCCCAUCUCGUCCAGCAUCCUGUUCUCAUGGCGGCCAAGCAGGGACUUGUGGGAAACCAGGAAGCAGGAUUCGAGCACAAGAGCCCUCUCUCCCCUCCUGUGGUUUCCAGCAACUGGUAGUCAGAAGCAUUGUUACCUCCAACUUUGGAGAUAGAGCGUUGGCAUCCUGGCAAGUAGCCAUCGAUAACCCUCUCCUCCACGAAUUUAUCCAAUCCUCUUCUAAAGCCAACUAGAUUGGUGGUCAUCCCUGCCACCUGAGAUUUGGAUCCUUUGCCUAGAAUCAGAUGGAAAAGACACCUCAGUGAAAUUAUCCGGUGGGAACUCAAGACACCAUCUUCCCUAAGAGAAGGCUAAACAACCAGAAGUCACUGUUCUGUCUUCUGAUGGUGGCACUGAAAUUAGCAAGCUGCAUCAGCGGUGAGGGAACGAGGCCAGCGAGAAAGAGAGAGGCAGCGUACUCGUUGAGAUCUCGUAACUUGAGAUUUCAGGCAGGCAGCAGAGUGGGGGCAGCAGUGGCAGGGAAGUGUAAGCAGGGUGCCCCCUCAAGCUCGGCAGUGCCCCCUCCAUUUCCUAAGAAUAAAGGCCCAUUUCAUUCCCCCAAUUAGCUCCCCCAAUGAACCUCUUCCUAAGCUGCCGUCUUUAAUUGGGUUGACUACAGAUGGAGGAAAGUACAAUCAGCGUUCUAAUUGUGAGACGCAGCUUGAUUCCGAUUAAUAUUCCAAAAACAAGGUACAUGAGCUGCAAUCGGGAGUGACUCUCCUGUCUCUUUGCCACUGAAUCUCAAAUCCAGAGUCAUUAAUAUAGCACUUUAGCAUCUUUUGUUGUUAACCCCUUGUGGUCAGAACAGAGCAUCCAUCUUGAUCAUCAAGAUGUCCCACAUCUCUGGUUUAGGAGCAUAAUUUUUUUCCUAAUCACCUGUUGGCUGAAAUGCAUUUUUUCAUACUUGCCAAUAUCAUCUCCGGGGGGUUGUUGUGGACUGGGUUAUUGAAGGCGCUUGACUGGACACACUGAGCAAGCAUCUUUGACUAUUUGUACAUGGAGAUGACAUCACACAAUGCUCAUGCAGAUCUCCAUAGGGAUCCAAACACAAAAGAACCAAACUUGUCGGCCCUUCGCUUUAAAAGCAAACUAUAGGUUCACUGUGCAAUUUGUUGCCCCAAUGCAGAGUUUGGUUCUAGGCUACAUUCCCAGAAAGUGUACCAUUUAGGGGUUCUGGAGCAGUGCUUGUAAACACUUAGAACCGUAGUAUUGUAGAGUUGGAAGGGAUCCCAAGGGUCAUCUAGUUCAACCCCCUGCAAUGCAGGAAUCUCAGCUAAAGCAUCCAUGACAAUCCAGUAUCCUGUUUUCAUAGGCGUCAGCCAGAUGCCACAGAUUUAGAGGGCAUCUCAUACCUGGAGAAGAAUGUUUCUUUUGAUUCAGCCUUUGACCUUUCUAUCUCCUCAGAAGUCACAGGACCAGAGGAGUCCAUAAUGCCAGCACCUUUCCAGUCUUAAGACAUUAUAGACACCAGCUCAGAUGUCAUAAUAGAUGCAGGUAAUUCCUUUGUAGCAGGACAGCCAGUCAAAAGAGGCAUGAUAAUAGCCGUCGAUUGUACAAGUCCUUCCUUGAUGUGUUUAUUUGUUCGAUGGCUUCAUCAGGGUUGCCUUACAUCCUGGACAUUACCAUGAUUUCAAAGGCAGAAGUGACGUCCAGGGAGAAUUUCUGAAAGGUGGCGCUUUGUCCUGUAUCUUAGGCAAGUCAAUUCAAAAAUCAUAUUUCUGUAAAAAUAAAAAGCCAAAUAAUUUCAGGUUUUCCUUAAAAAGACUCAGCAAUUUUGGGGUCUUCCUAAAAAGAGCUCAACAACUUUCAAGGUGUCCUGGUGUAACUUUUUGAAAUAUGGCAACCCUAGCUUCAUGCUUGAAUUUUCAUUUUGUGGUUAACACCAGGAAAGUCUAAUGGUGGAAAGUGCUCUACUGGUGCCCAGCUGAGUCACUGGAGAAGAGAUGGCUUUGCGUGCAGGCUAUGUUCUUGGCUUGAGGCGAGCUAAUUGCGUUCCAUCGUGGUGGGGAAAAUAGGAGGGAGGGAAGGGCUGUUGCUGAGAGGCAGGUCAGCUGCUUUGCAUGCAGAAGGUCCCAGGACCAAUCCCCAACAGCAUCUCAGGGACUGAACCUGGGAGUGUCCCCUCCCUGAAAUCCUGGGCAGCCACAUUUCUAGUCAGCGUGGACAUUACAUAGCUAGAUGAACUGGUGGUCUCUGUAUAAAUAAGCUCCCUCUGUUUCUGAUGUGUAUCCUAUCAGCUUUAACAUGCUUGCUGCUUGCCUCUGAACAAAACCUCCAGCCCCUCUUUUCAGAGACACGUUGGUUCACUGCUUGGCUCACGUGCCCUGAAGGUCUUAAUUGCCCCACAAAUUCAGAUCCUGGAAUCAGCAUUUUGGAGCCAUGGAGAGAUUUGAAAGGAUCCUGCAAUUAUCUAUGUACUCUCUGUGGACUGUUUGACCUCUUCCAUCCUGUUUUAAUGUGUAGGCAGUGCUAUUAAUAACACACCCAGAUGGGAUUAUAUUUGCAGCAAGCUGAGUCAAAUUUGGUGCAACGAAGAAGUCGUGUGCCCCCCUUCCAGUCUCGAACAUUCCGUAUCUCACUUUUAAAACAGUUUUUUUUUAAAAAAAAUGCAUUUUAUAUCCCACCUUUUUCCUCCAAGGAACUCAAGAUAGCAUACGUGGUUCUUCCCUUCCUCAUUUAAUCCCACAACGGCCCUGUGAGGUAGGCUACGCUGAGAGGCAGUGAUUGGCCCAAAGUCACCCAGCAAGCUUCAUGGCUGAGUGGGGAUUUGAACCCCAGUCUAACACUCUAACCACUAUGCCACACUAGCAUGAUACAAGCUGCUUUACGCAUGGCAUUCAAGCAGCAAGUGCUACUCUUGCCCUUCUGACUGCAAAAGCAAAGUGGAAUAUGUCAGUUGACCCCCAUGUCAGAAGGCCAGACAAACUGAAACGAGUCUUUUACUGAAUUGCAGGGGGGUCAGACUAGAUGCCCCUUCAGCUCCCUUCCAAGUCCAUGAUUCUGUGAGUCAUGUCACCACUGAAAGGUGAGGCAGUUCUUCUUUAGUCUCACAGAUAAGAAAAACAAAGUCUCAAAGCAGCUAACAUUCUCCUUUCCCUUCCUCCCCCACAACGAACACUCUGUGAGGUGUGUGGGGCUGAGAGACUUCAGAGAAGUGUGACUGGCCCAAGGUCACCCAGCAGCUGCAUGUGGAGGAGCCGAGACGCGAACCCGGUUCCCCAGAUUAUGAAUCUAUCACUCUUAACCACUACACCACACUGGCUCUCAGGAAUAUGCAGCUGUCCUGAAUGGGGAUCGAACCUGCAACCUUUUCAGCACUACUCUCUAACCAACAGAGCUAUCCAGGCUGUCAAAGGCGAGAAGGACUGGGGAAAUUAGGAUAUUUUGGGCAGUAGCAUGCAAAGAGAAACAGGGUCUGCCUUGAGCAUGUAGGCUGAAUGACUGACAAGUGGGGAUCCAUUUGGAUGAUUGACGUCUGCCCACGCAAGCAGCUCAGCGCUAGGAGCUGGAGGCAGAGGGGCAUUUUUUGACCACAUUUUGUAGUGUGUAAAAUGUGCCAUCUGGGUAAGAGAGGGGGAUUGCUUUAACUUCGCAAGGUAUGGCUUGUCUGCGCCAAGUGAUGUCAAAGAUAAUUUUGUGUGCGUCCAAUGAGGGUUUCCAUAGCAACAUUUAGCAUUUAGACGGAUGGAGUGGGUACCCAGAAUGGUUGUCAUUAUGGAAAGAAAGAGAAGAAGAAGAAAACCUGGCUGCUAAGUGAGAGCAUUUUGUUUUUAACCGUUUUAGUCUCUUUCCCAUACAAAGGGAGGGGGGAACCCAAACCUGUGGUCAAUGUGGUGUACAAACCAUCACUGAAGAAGCAUAAUGGUAAUUAAUGGGAUCACGCGUUAUGCUGCAAACCAUGUGUGGAAGGUCAGCACGCCUUACAGGGGGUCACUAAUGUCUUUGGCCCCAAGGUCACAUUUGGAAUUUGGGGAGUGGCCGUGGGCACCACCCUCUCCAAUUCCUUCUCCAACACAGUGCCCUCGCCAGCUCACGUUCUCUCGCAGACUCAAAGAGAGGAAGCACAAUCCACCGACUCAGCUUCUCCAAGAAGCCUGGGUAGAAGUUAGAGCCAACAGAGUUUGCUUGAUUUUACAUGAGAUUCUCCUCCUCCUCCUAAGAGGCGACAUGAUAGCCAUCUUCAGAUACACAGAAGCUUGUUUUCUGCUUCUCCAAAAGAGAAGAUCCAAGCCAACAGAUUCAAAUGACAAGGAAAAAAGAUUCCGACUAAACAUUCGGAAGAAUUUCCGGAGGGUGAAAGCUGCUCAGCGGUGGAAUGGAUAACCUCGGAAGGAGGUGGACUCUCCCUAGUCAGAGGUUUUUAGGUACAGAUUAGGUGGUCAUCUGUCAAGGAUUCUUUAGCUGUGAUUCCUGCAUUGCGGACGCAGGUGGCGCUGUGGGUUAAACCAAAGAGCCUAGGGCGGUCGGCGGUUCAAAUCCCCAUGAUGGAGUGAGCUCCCGUUGCUCGGUCCCUGCUCCUGCCAACCUAGCAGUUCGAAAGCACGUCAAAGUGCAAGUAGAUAAAUAGGUACCGCUCCGGCGGGAAGGUAAACGGCAUUUCCGUGAGCUGCUCUGGUUCGCCAGAAGUAGCUUAGUCAUGCUGGCCACAUGACCCGGAAGCUGUAUGCCAGCUCCCUCGGCCAAUAAAGCAAGAUGAGCGCCGCAACCCCAGAGUCGGCCAUGACUGGACCUAAUGGUCAGGGGUCCCUUUACCUUUACCUUACCUGCAUUGCAGGGGGUUGGACUAGAUGACCCUCAGGGUCCUUUCCAAUUCUAUAGUUCUAUGAUCUGCCUGAGAUGUCAUGUGAUCCAGAGCCUUGGGCCUCUGGCUGUGUCAGGCUGGCCAAGUGGGUUUCCGGGGGGGGGGGGCAGGGAUACCACUCCAUUGUGCUGGGAUGGGCAUGACCUUUCCCGUAGGGCGAGGAAGGCUCUUCCUCUGCUCUUCCUGCUGGAGCCGUUCCUGUAAUUUGACAAAGGCCAAUUGUUCCCAGCACAGCUGCUGAAGAAAUGAAGCUCUAUCUCCUAUCGCUGCUGUAGCUCCAUAGAAAAAGAGGCUACAAGUUUAGAAGAUGUUUUACAUACACUGCUCCCCUCAAUCACUAAAUUCCAGGGGGGGGGGAAUGAUUUUAAAGCCUUUUUGAAAAGCUAAAGUGCUCUUUGUCAACUUGGUGCCUGCCAGAUGUUUGGUGCUACAAUUCCUAUCAGCCCCAGAUGGAUGGGAGUUCCAGCCCAAAGCAUCCAGGGGGAUAUUUUAAACUUGAAAGCAAAGUUCCAAAUUUGAACUUCUCCAGAUUUUGCAACAGAGUUCUCUAGCCAACCAUGGUGUUUAAAGGUGUGUAUAUGUAAAGUACAUAAGCAAGAAAUGCAUAUAUUCAUGGAAAUAGCAUGCAAAGUUGCAUUAUAUUAGGAGGCAAUCCUUUGCCUUUGCAAAGAAUGUGUGCAUCCGUCCAAAUUGCACAAAACAUGCACAUUGGGAGAAGUUUGCUGAUGAAUUUUCAUCACACACAAACACCAACCCAGCUUGACAUUCCAAGAGGAAGAACUGCAUGUCCAGGAAAGCAAGAAAUAAAAAUGGUCUGAAAUGCAGCAAAGGGAUGUGGCUAGUGAAGACACACCCUCUUUCCUUCUCGCGCUGUCUCUGUAGCGCCUGCACAAUCGAAGGGCUUGUUCUGCACGAAAUGGUCCAAAGCGAUUCCUCCUGGGUGUGCCAAGGAAGUCAGCCUGAUAUGUUCCAUGAGCUUCAGUUUCCGUCGCCUGCUGCCAUUGGCCUCCUUCCGUUGCUGCUAUGGCCCUAAGAGAAUAGGAGAAGAGAAACAGAACAUAGGAAGAUCCCUGCUCGAUCAGGCCUCUGGGGGCCAUCCAGUCCAGCAUCUUUUUAUCACAGUGCCGGCCGGGUGCCUCAAUGGGGAGCCCAUAAGCAGUGGCGGAGGAACCCUCUCUGGCACCCGGGGCGGGACGCCGAGGGGUGGGACGAACUGCCCGGUGAUGCACGUGUGACAUCCAUAUGGACUGCGCAUGUGCGGCAGCCCGUGCACUCCGUACAGGAUGCCACACAUGCACAGUCCGUACAGGCUGCUGCUCAAGCACGCCAUCCAUAUGGGCUGCCGCUUGCAUGGUGACCGUACGGGCUGCUGCGCGAGUGGCAUCCCAUAUGGACUGUGCAUGUGUGGCAUCCCGUACAGACUGUGCAUGUGCGGCAUCCCGUACAGACUGUGCAUGUGCGGCAUCCUGUAUGGAGUGCACACACACGGCAGCCAGUACAGACAUCCGUAUGGAUGGCGCACGAGAGCGGCAGCCCCCACACUGACUGCACGCGCCCUCGGCCACUCUACAGCUGGGGGGAGGCAGGGGCCAUAUUCCAUGAGCUUCAGUUUCCAUUGCCUGCUGUUUAGUGUGAAUACCACACAAUAUUUUAUUCAUUUAGAUAUACAUUUGUUCUCUUUACUUAUUCUGUCUGAAAGCACGACCAGCAUUUUUAAAUGGGCACAAACUGCUUCAGAAACAUUCCCCGGAAUGGAAUGAUGUCGUAGACAGCAACCAAUCUAUGCUGUACACAGCCGACCUUGGCUGAAAAUUUGCUGAGCUGCUUUUCUCUACACUUGACAGGUUGGGGUCCUGCCCACUUGUCAGGGUUGUCCCAUCCCGGGGGGAGCUAAAGGGCUGGUCAUCUAGGCCAAGAAGCUUGCCUGAUUGCCCCCAUUUGCAGCCUGAUGCAACAAACCCACUUUUGUUUUUUAAGGACUAUCUGUGGUUCGGAAGGGGACAGGGAAAUAAAUGCACUGGAAAGUGUGGGGUGAAGGAAUUAUUAACAAGAAGAUGGAUCAGAAUGAAUGUCCAAUAUACACCUCUUCAUAAGCUUUGUACAGGCAAACUAGGUUGGAUACCCAGUAAACUAGCCUGGAGGAUCCCUUUGUGUUUUCUUUGGCCCUGAUUCUGCUGCUCUCUGCAAGGAGAAGCUUAGACUCCUCAGUCAACUACUUCCUCCUGUGUCCCUUUGCCAGGCUCUGCAGUAAAGCUUCCUUCCAAGGCAGUAGCAAGGCAGCUGCGGAGCGUCUUGAGAAGCGGGAGGGAAGGAACAGAUGGAUGUAGGUUGCUGCUCUCCUUUCUGAUGGACAACAGUCAUGAAAGAGCAAAAAGGUCUCCCCCCUUUGCAGCUGCACUUGGAGCCCAGUGGAUGUCUGGAAAAUAAUGUGCAGAAUUUCAGGGCUGCUGGAAGCCAGGUGGCGAUGGUUUGCUGCUUUCCGGCAAAGGUUCCCUCUGGCCCUACCGAUCUGGUACUGCAGGAAAGAGGCUUGCAGGAGACUCUGGUGUUUGAAUCAGGGAUCAGAGCCUCCAAAUAUACAAUGCUGCAGUCUGAAAGCGGCGUACUAACUACAAGACAAAUGAUGAAUGACUGCAGAGCAUCUGCUUUGCAUGCUGAAAGUGGGAGAUCUCUGACUAAAUCCCACUGCUAGUCAGCACAGAAACUACAUGGUAGACAAUGCUGAGCUGAUGUACCAAAGGAUCUAUUCAGUAGAAGAUCAUUUCCUCUAUCCUUAAGCAAUCAUAAGAACAUAAGAAAAGUAGCCCAUCUCGUCCAGCAUCCUGUUCUCACAGUGGCCAACCAAACGUCUGUGCGAAACCCACAAGCAGAAUGUGAGCGCAAGAGGUCUCUCCCCUCCUGAAGUUUCCAGCAACGGGUGUUGAAAAGCAUUGCUGCAUCUGAUCAUGGAAGCAGAGUAUAUAACCAUCCUGGCUAGCAGCCAUGGACAGCCCUCUCCUCCUUGCAUUUAUCUAAUCUUCCUGUAAAGCCAUUUAGGUUAGUGGCCAUCGCUUCUUCCUCCGGGAGUGAGUUCCAUCGUUUAGCCAUGCGCUGCAUAAAGAAGGACUUUCUUUGAUGUGCCCUGAAAUCUCCCAGCAUGCAUCAUCAUCACUGGAUGUCUGCAAGUUCUAGUAUUAAAUUAAUAAACAAACUUCAAUACAAAGUGCUUGGUUUUCUCUCAUGGGGCUUCCAUUCAUGGGUCAUCAUCUCCACCCCCUAAUAAAAUGGAAUUAGCUUGUUAAGGGAGUGAGCAACAGAGGGGAAAGAAGGUCACGGAAAUAUUGCCAAAUGUUUUCCUGCAACGAUGCAGUCAAAGGAACUUGUUUAAUCCUUUAAAAGCAAGCUGAAUUCUGCACCAGGGAGCCAAUGUCUCAUGUCCACUGCACCCUUGGGGACCCGUGGUGUCCACACCGGCCUGCCCUUGUCAUUCUGGAGUGACUCCCAAACCAAAACAUCUCUGAGAGAAACGAGCAUUUUCAAGAGGUUGGGGGCCCUCUUGGCCAGAGCUUGUAUUUAGGUUGCUUGGCAGCAGACCUGACAGGCCACAUGGUAGACAGGCUAAUCUCUCGCCCCUUAUCUCUGCUCCCCCAUCUGCCAGGCAUGUCCUCCUGUGUGACCUUGAAUGCCUCAUUUUAGGGGAAGGGAGUGAGAAGGGGUGCAGAGAAUGAAAAGCGCAGACAUGCUCAGCUAGCAACUGUUUUAGCCUUUGCUGGGCUCUGCUGCAUUUUCCUGCACUAGAGCAGGCAUAGGCAAACUCCAGCCCUCCAGAUGUCUGGGACUACAAUUCCCAUCAUCCCUGACCACUGGUCCUAUUAGCUAGGGAUGAUGGGAAUUGUAGUCCCAAACAUCUGGAGGGCCGGAGUUUGCCUAUGCCUGCACUAGAGUGAAAAAUGAGGCCAGCCGUCAGCCUCUCUCUCUUUUCACCAGCAAGGCUGGAAACUGGCAGUAAUGCUUCUGAACACCAGUUGCCGGAAGCUGCAGGAGGGGAGAGUUGCUGUUGCACUCAGGGCCUGCUUGCAUGUUUCCCAAUGUCAUGUCUGGUUGACCACUGUGAGAACGGGAUGCUGGGCUAGACCUUAAGGCAGUCUCUUGUGAUAGAAGAACCUCCAUGCCCAGGGACACUCUACCUCUAAAUACCAAAUAAUGGGGAACAACAAUUGGGAGAGUGGUUGUUGCGCUCAGGUCCUGCAUCCAAUCAGGGGCAUCUGGCUGGCCGCUGUGAGAAGAUGCUGGACUAAUUGGUCCACUGGACUGAUCUAGCUGCAAGGCUUUUCUGAUCUGUGUAAGGCUUUUGCAUUUCCCACAUCUGUAAGCUGGUUGAAAAGGCUGCAUUCCCAUGCAGCUUAAGAAAGGCAAUCACAUAUUUCUUCUCUUCAUUCCAGCUUACCUGGUUUCUUAGGCUUGCUGGUGAAACUCCUGCUUGAUUCUUUGUGACUAGGCUUGGAUACCCAAGAGCAAAAUCCAAGGGUGAAGGGAUGGCGCUGAUGCAUUCCCAAGACCAGGCUCCACCAAGAUUUAGACAGCAGUGGGCCCCCACCAUUUCCAUGCAUAUGGUGGAAGGGAGGAACCAGCUAUUUACUAAUUUACUAACUGAAAGUUUAGCCCUUAAUUCAGUUUUGUGGCUGCAAGCAGGUCAGGUUCCCUUUCCAGGCAGUUUAUCACCUUUCUGGUGAGAGUGAUAAAUCCAUGACUUUUGUGGUGACGAAGACUGCAUAUCACACUAGAGACAAUAACAGUAGGUUAGAUUUUCUCCUGAUCUUAUUUUUGCAAAGAUGCUUUCCUGGAAAGGCUCGAUGGACCUUGACCUGCAGGUGACUUUCCCCCUUGUCUUUUUAAAUAUUUUUUUUAAAGCAAUCUAAAAACAGGACUGUCAUUCAGGAUUAUAUGAAAACAUGACUGACCUUUUCUUGAAUGUAUCAGGAUAGCUCAGUCGGUACAGCAUAAGACUCUUAAUUUCAGGGUUGUGGGUUCAAGUCCCACACUGGGCAAAAGAUUCCUGCAUUGCAGGGGUUGGACUAGAUGACCCUUGUGGUCCCUUCCAACUCCUAUGAUUCCAUGAUGCUAUGAUUCAGGAACGGUAGCUGUUCAGUGGCCAGAUAUAUCCUGUCAAAAGAGCUGGUGAUUGUAAGGGUGCCUGAUGGCACCCUCUGCUGGUUAAAACCUUGCUUAAACUAUCCUCUCAAAAAUUGUUUCUCUUUAUACAUUGAUUCAGGCAAAUAAUCCAGUUUAAUGUGGAUUAAAUAUCUCUUUCUCAGCUUUUGAAAAUAAAGCUUGGGCUUGCUUUGAAAUUGCUGUCACUCCAGCCUGCAUAGGACUUUUCAGGACAGAUAAAAUAAAGUCUUUAUUCACACAGCACACAGUUGGUUAGAGCAUGGUGCUGAUAACACCAAGGUUGCAAGUUCAAUCCCCGUAUGGGACAGCUGCAUAUUCCUGCAUCACAGGGGGUUGGGCUAGAUGAUCCUCAGGGUCUCUUCUGACUCUAUGAUUCUAUGUCUAUGGAAUUUGCUCCCACAGGAGGCAGUGAUGGUCACCAGCUUGGAUGGCUUUAAAACAGAGGAUUAGAUAAAAACUCAUGGAGGAGAAAGCAGUUGACGGCUACUAGGGACGCGGGUGCUAGGGCUUGCUGAUCAGAAGGUCGGCGGCUUGAAUCCCCGCGACGGGGUGAGCUCCCGUUCCUCGGUCCCUGCUCCUGCCAACCUAGCAGUUCAAAAGCACGUCAAAGUGCAAGUAGAUAAAUCGGUACCACCCUGGCGGGAAGGUAAACGGCAUUUCUGUGCGCUGCUCUGGUCCUCCAGAAGCAGCUUAGUCAUGCUGGCCACAUGAACCGGAAGCUGUACGCUGGCUCCCUCGGCCAAUAAAGCGAGAUGAGAGUUGCAAUCCCAGAGUCGUCCGCGACUGGACCUAACGGUCAGGGGUCUUUACCUUUACCUGUUAGCCAGGAUGGCUAUGUUCUCCCUCCACUGUUGGAAGCAGUGAUGCUUCUGAAUACCAGUUGAUGGUAUUCCAAGAGGGGGAAUUUGUCCUGUUUGGGGACUUUCCAUUCAUGCAUCUGGUUGGCCAUUGUGAGAAGAGGAAUUGUUCUCUCUGGCUUGCUUCUGUAGGGAGAUUUGAGGACCCGAGCCCUGAAGAAGAGCAGAAUUUAGUUCUGCAAGUGGAUUAAAUCUUCCAGAUGCCCCAGUGGGAAUCCCACAAACUCAGCGGGGGUGGGGGUGGGAGGAGAGGCUUCCCUCCCUUACCUUCACAAAUGGAAGUCAGAAGCAUUGCGAUGGGACUGGAUGGGACAAUAAAUAGGAGGGAGAGAGAGCCAUGCAAUGCUGGGGAGGAGAGAGUAUUCCCCAUGCUCCUUGCUCCAGAAUAGCUUCCUCAUUUAAUACCUGGCCACUGCACCACUGCUGUCACCAACUGGGCUGGCAGCUUCAAGAGGUUUAUCUUGAUGCACAGCAAGCCCCUGAUUAUGCAUUUCCAGGGAGCUCGAGCAUCUGCUGCUGGCUAGGUGUAGCCCAUUUUGCGGUUGCAAGAGGCAGUGUGGCGUAGUGGUUAGAGCAUCAGACUAGGACCCUGGAGACCAGGGUCCUAAUCCCCACUUGGCCCUGGAGUCCUUGGGGGCCAGCCACUGCCAUCCCUCAGCCUAGCCUACCUUACAGGGUUGUUGUGCAGAUGAAAUGAGGAGAAGCCACCUUAACUCCUUGGAGGAAAAGGUGGGAUAUGAAUGCAGUGAAUAAAACAAAGUCUAGCUGUCUUAGGGGAGAAUAUGCAUCUGUGCUGCAACAGCAGCAGGGUGGGGAAUAUCAGGCCAGGGAGCAAAAUGCCCCCAGAGCUCUCCACCUGGCCCUCCAAAUUUUCCCAAGCCACACCCCCUCUUUGCAGGCCUUGCCCGUCACCAGCCUCACGUCACUCUUUCCGCAAGUGCUUUUGCCUGGCUGGAAUUUGCCCUUGACUUCUGAGGGUUCCCCUUGCUUGCCUGGAAGGAUGAGGGGGUAACAGCGUGUCUAGAAACUGGCUUAUGGCACAAAGGUAACAUAGACAUCAGUUGCUCCGCCCACUUUUGCCUCUGGUCCCACCCACAACCGCCAUGCGGCCCCCCCAGAAGGUUGCCUAGUACGGAAUGUGGCCCUUGGGUCCACAAGGCUUUCCCAUCCCUGUGCUAGAGGCAGGGCCAGAUUUAGGUUUGAUGAGGCCCUAAGCUACUGAAGGUAAUGGGGUCCUUUAUAUGUCCACCUGUCCUUUGUCAACAACAAAUUGGCACUGUUUUUUGUGUUGAAUAUACGCUAUAUGGUAAUUUAUGGAUCUAAUAGGUAUCUAAAGCCAUUUGCACAUAACAAAAUAUGUAUUUUAUCAAAGUAAUUGUUGAACUGAAAUUUUAUUUUAUUGUUUUCUACCUUAUAUUUUGGAAAUGUGCAUCCAGGUGUGUUUUUUUCAUUUACAUUUUUUUAGGGGCCCCAAGAGAGUGGGGCCCUAAGCUAUAGCUUGUUUAGCUUAUACGUAAAACCGGCACUGGCUAGAGGGAGGGUUUUGUUUUUAUUUUUCAAAAAGGAGAAUUGUGGGAAGUCAUGUGGUGUCGCCGGGAGGGGAGAGACUAUUCAGAAUCCUUCCCCCCUUCCAUCCACCCACCUGGUCUGGUUUCAUCUUCCUGCCUGUCUGCUCUCUGCCAUCAGAACAGCACACUUCUGUGUAUUUAUAGAUGGCAAGGCGCCUAACCCUGGACGAGGGGAGCUAGGGAACUUUGAAGCAGUGAGAUGUGAAGCGAUGAAAGGGGAGCCGCAUUAAAUGAGCCUCCCAGUGAAGCAGUGUCAAAACAGGAUCCCUGGCACACAGUAGAAAUUACCUGCAAGUCUGCCACUAUCUCCAGCAAACCUUUGAAGCUCUUGACAUUGACUGAACUUCAAAGCAGCCCUAUCUUUGCAAGAAGACCACCUCUUCCAAAUCACAAUCCGGCCACUCCUUUCACCGUGACCUUGUUUGUGCCUCAGCCAACCCAACAACCUCACCCAGACUUUGUGGAAAUGACCGAAAAAGAGCCCGCUCAGACACAGGACUUUAAACAUUUCCAGACUUGUGGCACAUCGUCUGGAUGAGACCCCAGUAAUAACGACAACAUAAAUGCUUCUAAACCGAGUACUUCCAGUGCCUUAUUUGGGUCACAGAUGACUCUCUGUUAACGGCAGGCGGCGGUCUUGAAACAUUUGUACUUGAAUUGUUGAAAAGUUGCUGAUUCCAAAUUCUUGCUCUGUUUUUGCAGACUGGCCGGAUUGAACCAAACUACCCCAAAGUGUGCGGCCAUCAGGGGAACGUGCUCGACAUCAAGUGGAACCCUUUUAUUGAAAAUGUCAUUGCAUCCUGCUCUGAAGACACCUCGGUAAGUAGAAAGCAGCAGAAUGUAUUGCCUGUUUCAGGGGAAGGGGGUUCAAAAGGAUUAUUGGGGACCCUUCAGACUGGUAGAACUUUUGCAGGUGUUUUCUGCAACACGUAAUUGAUGCAACGAGAGUGCUUUAGUGGUGGACUUAUACUGGACCGCCCAUAAGUUCCACAGCAUUGCUGUGUGUGGAGGGGCACCAUGACAAAAGCUGGACAUUAGAACGUCAGAAGAGGCUGCAGGAUGAGACCACAGGCCCAUCCAGUCCAGCGUCCUGUUCUCACGGCAUCCUGUUCCCAAUGGGAAACCCACAAGCAGGACCUGAGCAUAAGGGUACCCUGCCCCGCUGUGGUUUCCAGCAACUGGUAUUCAGAAGUAUCUCUGCCUCCACAUACAGAGGAGGAGCCAUCCUGCCAGAAGCCAUUGAUAGUCCUCUCUGCCAUGAAUUUGUCUUAAUCUCUUUUAAAGCCAUUUAGGUUGGUGGCCAUCACUGCCUCCUAUGGGACCGAGCUCCAUAGUUGUUUGUUGAUGGUUGGUUAGAUAUUGAAUUUAUAUACCACCCUAUACCCGGAGGGACACGGGUGGCGCUGUGGGUAAAACCUCAGUGCCUAGGACUUGCCGAUCGUAUGGUCGGCGGUUCGAAUCCCCGGGGCGGGGUGAGCUCCCGUCGUUCGGUCCCAGCUCCUGCCCACCUAGCAGUUCAAAAGCACUCUUAAGUGCAAGUAGAUAAAUAGGGACUGCUUUAUAGCGGGAAGGUAAACGGUGUUUCCGUGUGCUGCGCUGGUGCUGGCUUGCCAGCUGCAGCUUCGUCACGCUGGCCAUGUGACCUGGAAGUGUCUUCGGACGGCGCCGGCUCACGGCCUCUAGAGCGAGAUGAGCACACAACCCUAGAGUCGGACACGACUGGCCCGUACGGGCAGGGGUACCUUUACCUUUACCUUACCUAUACCUGGAGGUCUCAGGGCGGUUCGCAGAACAAAAUCAAAAUAUAAAACCACAAAAUAUAUAAUCAAAAUAAAAACAACAACCCAGUAAUCACCACCCCCACUUCCUUUUACCUGUCCUGAAUCUUCCCACAUUCAGCUUCAUUGGAUGUCCACAAGUUCUCGUGUUAUGAGAGAGGGAAAACAACUUUUCUCUAUCCAUUUUCUUCAGGCUAUGCAUAAGUUUAUAAAUCUCUAUGAUAUCAAUUUUUCCUUGCCUUUUCUCUUAACUUGAAAGGCCCAGAGGUUGCAUCCUUUAACAAACGACAGCUCCCAAAAUUCCUUGGGUGUUUAAAGCGGUAUCACAGUGCGUUAAAUGUACAAUGUGGGGGCUCGUCUACAUUUCCUCUUCUCCCACUGCUUUCCCCCAGUGAAAACGGCUCUUUAGUGCUCAUUUGGAACAAAUGGCAAUUCGGGUUUCCCCCAGAUUGCCAUUUCUUCCGAUCUAUUGCUAAAGAGGGAGUUUUCCCUUGGAAGGGAGUGGCCAGUGACACCUCUUUUUUUAAAGAAAGGCAGCGCUAGGAAAGGAUAGACUAUUUCUACAUUGACAUAUAGCUCUCACCACCAACUUUGCCUUUCAGAAGUCUCCCCCCCCCCCCGCCACCCCAAAUUCUCACCCCAAGCUCUAAGCGAGGUUUCUGUGGGGGCAGCUCAUCCCAUUCCAUCCCUCCCUCUCUGCCUGCCUUCCUGUCUGAGCUGCCUCUGCAGUUCUGGAGUCUCCUCUCGACCUUCUCAAGGUCACCUGCAUCCCUGCAGCAGAGAGAAGAAGGUGGGGCUCAGAGCAAGUGGCUGGCGCAGCAGGCAAGCUGGAGUGUCUUGUGCCAAAGCAGGUUUUCAGUGCUUGAGAGCGAGAGGGAAAGAGGAGGAGGCAGAGGCAGAGGCUAGCAGCCAGCCCAGUCUGCAAUACAAGGGAGCUCCAGGGUACUUUGCUAUGGCAGGAACAACCCUCCCUGCCCCACACUCUCUCUCUCAGUGGGGUGGAUGCAUGCCAGGACAGGAUCAGCAGAGCCUUCUGUCUGUGCACAGAAAACUUGCAUCGUGGAGGGGUGGAGCCGUCAAGGGAACAUUUGCAUGAAGGAGUCAAAGAAGAUGCUGUUGGGGUGAAGGACCCAGGGGGAUUGUCUUCCCUAUACAUUUCUCCUGAGGGGCCGAUAAGCUGUCCAGGCAGGAGGAUUUUUAGAGGAGGGGCAUUUCUUUAAAAAGCCAUUGCCAGGUCUGAUCUCCAAUUUGAGAUGUGCAGCCAAUGCAUCUGAAAAUGCCUCUUUAUCCCACCAGCCUUUGACAGACAAAAGUAUCUUGUUUUAUGUGACCCACCUCUCUGGCUAAGUCUAUCCUGUUCUCUUUUGGUUGGAGCAGUUUUACUUGUUUUGCUUGCUUAUAGAAAUGAUUCCCUUGCUUUGAUAUCUGCCUAUGAUAUUGUUGUCGCUCACCCGGGACCUUCUAUCCACUUGUGCUGUGUUAAGUUUUGUGGGCCGUGUUUUGUGGAACUCCCUUCCGCAUGGGGCCACUCUUUGCCUUGUUACCAGCCAGAUGCAUCUUUCUUGUCCUGUAUCUGAGAAUCAGAAGUAUACUGCUUCUAAAUGUGGAGGCUUCGUCCGCCUCCGUUAUGUUUGUCGGACAUAGAGGCACUUGCAAAAAGGUCCACAGCAUUGCAAAAAGGUCCACAGAUGUUAAAGACUGCUUCACAUUUUCAUGCAAAUCUUCAGCCGCUGUCCGGGGCUCUGCCUCUCCUGCCCUCUCGUUUCAUGAUGUCAUGCAUCUCCGUCAGCAGAAAGUGCUUUUUAUAGCCUGGUGGCUGCUGCAGUUGGGAAGCCAUACAGCUGCAAGGAAGCGCAUCCCCUCCACAGCAGCAGCUCCUGCUUCUCCUCCAAAGACCUCAGGGACUGCAGAUCUUGGCAUGUUCUAUAUGUAUCAGGCAUACAAAAAUAUGGACCCACGUACCUACGGGACCGCCUCUCCUGGUAUGCCCCGUGGAGGACCUUAAGGUCCACAAAUGAUAACACUUUGGAGGUCCCAAGUCGCAAGGUCUCAACUAGGGCCAGGGCCUUUUCAGUGCUGGCCCCAACUUGGUGGAACGCUCUGUCACAAGAAACUAGGGCCCUGCGGGACUUGACAUCUUUCCGCAGGGCCUACAAGACAGAGCUGUUCCACCUGGCCUUUGGUUUGGACUCAGUCUGACCCUUAUGUUUCCCUCCCCUUAUGGUUUUGAUCCAUGGGCUACUUUUAAAAUGAGGCUGCAUUUUAAAUUGCAUUUUAACCUGUAUUUUAAAAUGGUUUUUUCCCCCCUAUUAUGUUUUUAUUGUAAUUUUACUGGUGUUAGCCACCCUGAGCCCGGCUCUGGCCAGGGAGGGCUGGGUAUAAAUAAUAAUAAUAAUAAUUAUUAUUAUUAUUAUUAUUAUUAUUAUUAUUAUUAUUAUGGAGCUCUGUCCUUAAUCUGCAAGUUGACAACAACUCCAUUCAGCUUCAUACCGGCAACAGAAGCUGGUGUGGUGGAAACGCUAAAGAAAGGUGAUUGCCAAGAUUCAACAGCUUCUCCAGGUAGAGCUAGCAAAGACCCCUGCCUAAAAUCCUAGACAGCUGCUGCUGCCAGUGAGGGCAGACAAUCCUGAGCCAGAAGGACCAAUAUAGGAAGGCAGCUUCCCAUACUUAUGUGUGUUAAGGGGACAGUGGUGGCUCAGCGACAGAGCCCCUGUCUUGCAGGCAGAAGGCCCCGCAGUUGAAUCUCCAAUGGUAUUGCCAUGUAAGGCUUGCCUGAAAUGUUGGAAUGCCUUCUCAUCAGAUGUCAAGGAGAUAAAGAACUACAAUACUUGAAUAAGCCAUUUGAAGGCAGCCCUGUAUCAGGAAGUUUUUAAUGUUUGACGUUUUAUUAUGUUUUUAUAUGUGUUGGAAGCUGCAACACAGCCAGAUGGGCUGGGUAAUAAUAAUAAUGGGACGCGGGUGGCACUGUGGGUUAAACCACAGAGCCUAGGACUUGCUCAUCCGAAGGUCGGUUCGAAUCCCUGCGAUGGGGUGAGCUCCCGUUGCUCGGUCCCUGCUCCUGCCAACCUAGCAGUUCGAAAGCAUGUCAAAGUGCAAGCAGAUAAAUAGAUAAAUACCUUCUGACGGGAAGGUAAACGGUGUUUCUGUGCGCUGCUCUGGUUCGCCAGAAGCGGCUUAGUCAUGCUGGCCACAUGACCCGGAAGCUGUACGCCGGCUCCCUCGGCCAAUAAAGCGAGAUGAGCGCCGCAACCCCAGAGUCGGCCACGACUGGACCUAAUGGUCAAGGGUCCCUUGACCUUUAAUAAUAAUAAUAUAGCCACUGCCAGUCAGUGCUGACAAUGCUUAGCAGGUUCUUGGGUUCCCAUGCUUCUAACAAGGCUGUGAUGCUUUAUGGUUUACAUUUUUCAUUCUUUGUUUAUGUUUGUUUACUAUGCUUGCCAUUUUUGGUUAAUAAUAAUAGUAAUAAAGUAUGGUGUGAGUGUGGCCCAUGGGUCCUGAGACAUUUAAAAAGCAUUUUUACUGUAGCAGAACGUUUCGGGUGUGUGUGUACUGUAUAAUGAACCUACUUCAUGCAGGCAAGCCGCUGAGUUGACAAAGACAUCCUCCUCACAGCAUCCUUUUGCUCUCCUGUCCUUCAAGGUUCGGAUAUGGGAAAUUCCAGACGGAGGACUGAAGCGCAACAUGAUGGAAGCGGUCCUGGAGUUGUACGGGCACAGCCGGCGUGUCGGCCUUGUUGAGUGGCACCCGACCACCAACAACAUCCUGUUCAGUGCCGGCUAUGACUAUAAGGUGAGCUGGGCAAAGAUGCCCUCGUGCAUGAGAGCUAGUGUGGUGUGUAGUGGUGCAUUGGUCUAGGACCUGGGAGAGCAGGGUUUGAAUCCCCACUCUGCCUUGAAGCUUGCUGGGUGCCCUUGGGCCAGUUGGUGCCUCUCAGCCUAGCCUACCUCACAGGGUUGUUGCUGUUGUUGGGACUAAAUGAGGAGGAGAAGAACCAUGGAGAAAAAGGUGGGGUAUGAAUGCAACAGUAAGCAAAACGUUGCAGCCAGUGAGAGAGAGUUUGGAUUUGAUAUCCCGCUUUAUCACUACCCAAAGGAGUCUCAAAGCGGCUAACAUUCUCCUUUCCCUUCCUCCCCCACAACAAACACUCUGUGAGGUGAGUGGGGCUGAGAGACUUCAAAGAAGUGUGACUGGCCCAAGGUCACCCAGCAGCUGCAUGUGGAGGAGCGGAGAUGCGAACCCGCUUCACCAGAUUUCGAGUCCACCGCUCUUAACCACUACACCACACUGGCUCUCUCCCCAGUGGUGGGAAGGCUGACCUUUGUUUUGCGUUCCUGUCCUUGUUAGGUUCUCAUCUGGAACCUGGACAUCGGUGAGCCUGUGAAGAUGAUUGACUGUCACACCGACGUCAUUCUCUGCAUGUCCUUCAACACAGACGGGAGUUUGCUGGCCACCACUUGCAAAGACAAGAAGCUCCGCGUCAUUGAGCCGCGCUCCGGCAAAGUCCUCCAGGCAAGGAGCUUCUUAUAAGGGUCAAAAGAGAGAGGCGUUGGCAGAGAGCCAUCAUCCAACAUCCUGACUGUUGUUGUUUUUUAAAUCAGCCGCAGAAGGGGGUGCGCGUGCCCAGUUUUUAUCAGGAGAACAACUCUGGGAGGAGGGGGUGCAGGAUCUAGCGAUGGACACCAGCCUGGAUUACUUUAAAAGCGAAUGAGGCAGAUUCAAAGAGGAUCAGGCUGUCCAUGGCUACUGCUAGCUACAAUGGCUUUGGUCUGCCUCUGCGGGCAGAAGCGGCAUGACUCUGAACACAAUUGCUAGGAGGUUGCUCUGGUGCAGACUGGCUUCGUACUAGGACAUCUGGUUGGACACAGUUGAACAUCUAGAUGGGCUACUGGUCUGAUCCAGCCAUCCAGGCUCUUCUUAUGCUUUUAUGUUAUUUGUUUGCAUUUAUUUAUUUAUUUAUUUAUUUCAUAAAAUUUAUACACCACUUGAUGGCAAAAGGGAACCUUCAAAGUAGAGCAGUUUACAAAACAGAAAGCAAUAAAAUUAUCAACAAGAGGAAUCAGUGACAAUUUCAGACCUUUGGAAAGUUAAACCAACAGUGAAACUAGAAACAGAUUAAAACUCCCAUCAGCUUUCCUAUUUUUCCAGUCUGAAUGCCCCACCAAAACAACAGUUAUGCCUGCAGUGUGGAUAGCAGCUUUUUUUUGGGGGGGUGCAAUUUAGAUUAAAGAAAAGGCAUAGGGGUGUAAGAAACUGCUCAGAAACAGAGGGGCUCCCCUGAGCAGCUUUAAGGUUGUUGUUUUUUAAGCUAAUAAAUUACAUGAAUAAAUUAAUUCAUGUCCUGUAUGUUUUGCAACCUCCACCUAAAUUGCAACAUCGUUGGUGUAAAAACUGCACAGCUCCUUCUUCCGACAAUGAAGUUUCCAAAAGCAAUCUUUUUAUAAGCAUGUGCCUAUUUCCUAAGAAAGCAGCCUUUUCCAAAAAAAAUUAUAAAAACUUCUUGAUCUCUUGGUUAGAAUAUUUCCCACCCCCACCCCCCAAAUGUCAACGUGCAGAUUUUGACUGCAGAUAAGCACAAUUUCAAUAGAGGGAACAGAAAGAAUUCACUGUCUGCCAUGUUUAUAUGUCUAGCUUUAAUCUUUUAUUAAUCACAAGUUGUAUUGGAUGAAAUGAAAAGUGAGGCUUUUGAGUGGCGUAUUUGAAAGAAUGGUAAGCCAGCCUUUCCCAACCUGGUGCUCUUCUGAUGUUUUGGACUACAACUCCCAUAAGCCCCAACUGUCUCAGCUGGGAUGGAUGGGGAUUGUGGUCCGAAACAUCUGGAGCACAGCAGGGAAAGCUGCCUUAAUCAAUUGCCUACAGAAGUCUAGUGUCCAGAUCAAAGGAAGUCAUAGUACCGCUCUAUCCUGCCUUGGUCAGAUCAAGCCUGGAGUCCUGUGUCCAGUUCUGGGUACUACAGCUUAAGAAGGAUAUUGAAAAGAUGACCAAGGGUCUGGAAACCAAGCCUUAUGAGGAAUGGUUGAGGUAAUUGGGUAUGUUUAGCCUGGAGAAGAGAAGAUGGAGAGAGGAUCUGACAGCCAUCUUCAAAUAUCUGAAGUGUUGUCACAUGGAAGAUGGAGCAAGCUUGCUUUCUGCUGCUCCAGAGGGCAGGACCCCAACCAAUGAAUUCAAAUUACAGAAAAGGAGAUUCCUCCAUCAGGAAGAACUUUCUGACUUUAAGUGCCAUUCAACAGUAGAAUGGACUCCCACAGAAGGUGGCGGGCUCUCAUUCACUGGACGUUUUUAAGCUGCAGUUGGAUGGUCAUCUGUCAGGGAUUCUUGAUCUGUGAUUCCUUCAUUGAAGGGGGUUGGACUAGACUUUUGGACUAGACUUCCAACUCUGCAAUUCUAUGAUUGAUUUGAAGAGGGGAGCUGGAGGCUGCCAGGAGUGUAGCUGCCUGGCUGGGUAAAUCUUGGUUGUCUUUCCAGGAGGCGAAUUGUAAGAACCAUCGCGUGAACCGGGUUGUCUUUUUAGGAAACAUGAAGCGGCUUCUAACGACUGGAGUCUCGCGGUGGAACACGAGGCAGAUUGCCCUCUGGGAUCAGGUCAGCCCAUGAUAUUUAUUUACUUAUUCUGGAGGGUAGUAAUGCAAGAACAGGCCUUUUCAGUGGUGGUUCCCUGUUUGCAGAAUGCUCUCCUCAGGGAGGCUCGCCUGGCACCCUCAUUACAGUGGUACCUUGGGUUACAUACACUUCAGGUUACAUACGCUUCAGUUUACAGACUUCGCUAACCCAGAAAUAGUGCUUCAGGUUAAGAACUUUGCUUCAGGAUGAGAACAGAAAUUGUGCUCUGGCGGCGUGGCGGCAGCAGGAGGCCCCAUUAGCUAAAGUGGUGCUUCAGGUUAAGAAUAGUUUCAGGUUAAGAACGGACCUCUGGAACGAAUUAAGUACUUAACCCGAGGUACCACUCUAUAUAUCUUUAGGUGCCAAGCAAAAACUUUCCUCUAUAAGCAGGCCUUUGGCCUUUAACUAUCUGUGACCUUUUUGAUGUCAGAGGGGUGUUUUUGGUUUUAAUAUAACUGUGUGGAGUUUUUUGUUUUGUUUUGGUUGUAAGUCACUUUGUAAUUUGCCAUGGGCAAGAUAAAGCAACUAACAAAUAUAAUAAAUAAUUAUAUAGUUUAAAAAAUAUUAUUUUUUCAAUCAUCCCUUUUUGGGACCAAGCCCUGAGAGAAGAAAUCUUUAUUUAUUUAUAUCCCAACGUUCCUCCAAGGUUCUCAAGGUGGCAUACAUAUUUCUCCUCCCCAUUUUAUCCUCAUAACGACACUGGGAGGUAGGUUAGGCUGAAAGGCAAUGACUGGCCCAAAGUUGUAGUCGAAAAGCAUAUUGAGGGCACCAGAUUAGGGAAGGCUAGCCACAGCUUUUUUAAAAGACACCUUUCUUCACAUUUGUAAUAACAUUCCUAGUGUCAAGGUUAUAGAUGCAGCAGGUUUGAAAGCUUUUUUUUUUAAACCAACAAGAGUAUCUUUGAUUUCUGCAGGAAGAUCUCGCCAUGCCCUUAAUAGAGGAGGAGAUUGACGGGCUGUCUGGGCUCCUCUUCCCUUUCUACGAUGCUGAUACCCACAUGCUGUACCUGGCUGGCAAGGUGAGUGGGCACAAAAUGCUUAUGGCAUGGGGGAGUGGGCUUUGGCUACAGAAUCCCAAAGUUUCUGUAUCUUGCCAUUAUGUACGCACUAUGAACCAACGUAUAUCUGGAGUCACGUCAUAGUCACUCCCUUGGACUAAAAAAAUUAACAAACCAUUUCCCUCAAAGUAGUUUUUUUAAAAGGCAUUCAUCGGUUCAUCUAGAUGCUUAGCCAAAGCAAUUUGUGUUGCUGUAGAUUUAAAUCUACAGUCAAACCUUGGCUCCUGAACGCCUCCAUUUUGGGACGUUUCAGCUCCCAAAAGCCGAAAACCCGGAAGUAAAUGCUCUGGUUUUUUAACGUUUUUCGGAAGCCAAAUAUCCAGUGCAGCUUCUGCUUGAGUGCAGGGAGCUCCUCCAACCAAUCAGAAGCCGCGCCUCUGUUGUCAAUCAUUUCAGAAGCCAAACAGGCUUCCACAACGGAUUAUGUUCAACAACCGAGGUUUGACUGUAUAAAGAGAAGAUUGAGAGGCAAUUUGGCAGCCAACUUCAAAUAUCUGAAGAGUUGUCAGAUAUUAUAAUUACUAUUACUAUUACUACUACUACUAUUUUGCUAAUAUUAAGGUGGAGCAAGCUUGUUUGCUGCUGCUCUAGAGGGUAGGACCUGAACUGAUGGCGUCAAAUUGCAAGAAAGGAGAUUGCAACUCAACAUUAGGAAGCACUUUCUGACAGUAAGAGCUAUUUGACAGUAGAAUGGACUCCCUCGAAAGAUAGUGGAUUCUCCUUCGCUGGUGGUUUCCAAAGAGAUUCUUUAGUUGUGAUUCCUGCAUUGCAGGGGUUGAACGAGAUGACCAUAGGAGUCCCUUCCAACUGUACACUUUUUUAUUUUAAAUUUUGGUCUUUUAGGGCUGAGAUCCUGAGCAUGCAUACUCAGAAACAGGUUUUAAUGAAAUUAAUAUGCCUUGUUUCCAUUCAGAUGUAUGAAGGACACAUGCUCCAUUUCCCGGCAGACCUAAAACCAGCCACCUUCUUUUCAGUAGAUGUAGCUGAAUCUGGGCUGACUGGAAAUGGAUCCAUCCCAAUUUGAGCACUGUGGAGAUUAUAGGGUGUUAAUUGGGGCUCCAGCUAAGCCAUUGUCCUUCAACCUUCAGUCCUUCUGCUAGAAAAUGGAGAUAAAGUCAGAAUACCUCACAGGGUUGUUGUAAGCAAAAACAAGGCAGCACCCAGAAUCAUAGAAGGGUAGAAUUAGAAGGGACCCUGAGGUUCAUCUAGUCCAAUCCCCUGACAGAGGGCCAUCCAUGCUUUUAAGGGUGGGCCAAGUCAGAGUUCCUAUGACAACCACCCCAACCUGGGGCCCUCCAGAUGUUUUGUACUACAACUCCCCACAGCGCCUACUGGCACCACUAUGUUUAACUGAGGCUGAUCGGAGUUGUAGGCCAAGAAACCUGGAAGGCACCAGGUUGGAGAAGGCUCUGCUAUGACCUAAACUGUGCAGUGCUCUCUCCUCCCACGCCAAUAUUCACAAAAGUCCCACUGAUUCACACCUCUCUCUCUUUCUCUCUCCCCCUAGGGAGAUGGGAAUAUCCGCUACUAUGAAAUCAGUACAGAGAAGCCAUACCUCACUUACCUCAUGGAAUUCCGUUCUCCGGCUCCACAAAAGGCCUCGGUAGGGGUGCUCACCGUCUGCGCUACAGCCUCAAAGGGAGGCAGCGUCUUUCCUUGGACUAGUCAGUGGCUACUAGCCACGAUGGCUGUGCUCUUUCUCCACAAUUGGAGACAGGCUCUGCAUCGGGGCAUGGGGUUGGCCACUGUGAGAACCAAAUAUUGGACUAUUUUUGUACUGUACAGUGGUACCUCAGUUACAUACGCUUCAGGUUACACAUUCCGCUAAGCCAGAAAUAUUACCUCGGGUUAAGAACUUUGCUUCAGGAUGGGAACAGAAAUCGUGCUCUGGCGGCGCACAGCAGCAGGAGGCCCCAUUAGCUAAAGUGGUGCUUCAGGUUAAGAACAGUUAUGUUAUUUCAUCUGUUCUGCCCUCUUUUCCCCAGCAUAGUCACAGGCUCCCACACCUCCUCUAACUACUCUGCCCCUUUCUUCGGCCUCCUCCUGAAGGUCUGCUGCCUCCCUGACGCUCUCCCCAGUCCUUGCCCUCCCUGCAUUUCCAACAUCUUGGCCUGCUCAGCCCCAGACUUCCUUCCCUCACUCCAAAUAAAGUUCUGGCAGCCCUUGGUUCCAGUGCAUGGUCUUCCCCUCAGGCCAAACCAACCCUUCCUCUUCCGCUGUGUGUGACAGUUGUGCACCGAGCCCUUUCCCCUCUGGAUACGGAAUGUUUAUGAACAUUCCCAGGACACUGGAUCAGAGGGCCAGUAGCUAAGGACAGUGGCUGGCACACUUUAUAGAAACAGAGGUUGGUGCAAGGAGCAGGGGGUUUACCUAGCCCGGGGGGGGGGGGCAGCAGGAAGAUCUCUGAGGAGAUAAAAUAAAAGGAAACAGAGAAAAUCGUGCAGAACUGCUGUGUCACUCAGAUGCCAUGAUAGAGGGUCGCCUUGCAACCUCUCCAAGGAUUUGAUUUUCUUUGUUAUGUACAGGACAACAAACAUCACUUCUUCCUAUUCCUUGUGUUUGUAGGAGUGAUGCCAAAGCAUGGCCUGGAUGUCUCUGCCUGCGAGGUGUUCCGGUUCUAUAAGCUCAUCACGUUAAAAGGGCUGAUUGAGCCCAUCUCCAUGAUCGUGCCAAGGAGGGUGAGUAAUCUGGCCCUCACAGGAAGCAGGUUUGCUCUCUAAGGCUGCCUACAUGCCAUACACAGGAAUCCACACACACCCCAAGAACCCUGGGAACUGUAGUUUGUGAAGAAUGCUGGGAACUGUAGCAUGGCACGGGGUGAAACUAUAGUUCCCAUGAUUCUUUGAGGGGAGCCAUGUGCUUUAAAUGUGUCUUGGGACUGAGACUUUGAAGUUGGGUCCAGUUCUCACAACUGUGGUUGCUUCCGGGUGACCUGUUUACUGAGCAUCAUCCUGAUUUGCUUGCGGGUCUGCUAUAGGACAUCAAGUAAGAGUUAGCUCCCAUUUUGCAGGGCGUUUCAUUGCCACUUCCCAAUUUUACUGCACAACAACACCAAAUCAGCACUCAACAGUACAACCUGAAAUUUCUUACGCUGUUAAAUUCCACCUCAAACCGCGGCAGCCUUGAAGCUCCCUUGGCUGAUGUGCCGCCUGCAGGUGGACUUGGCAGGUGAAAAGGAGCCAUGUGGGAUUUGCCAAGCUCUGACCUGUUGAAUGGUUUAAUAUGUAAAGGUUCAUCAUUGUUCCACUCGAUGUGUAUGUCUUUAAGGGGCCAGAAAAAGGGCCAGAGCAAGAUAACGAGACCCAGCUUUACAGCUGUGAAACAUAGCAGGUGCUGCCGAGUUGUACUGAUUAAGCUGUGUUGGCAAUUGGGUGUAGUAUAUAAGGAGCAGCACCUAGCUCUCCCAUUACCCUGGGGGAUGGGUUGGUGGUUGGGUCAUGUUUGUUUGUUAAUGUAUUUAGUGUAAAAGGAGUUUUUGUUUUUCUUAUUAAAACCUUGUUUAAAUUAUUUUUGAGUCCCUUUUUAAUGCAUGGUCUCCCCAGCAAGCUCUCUGCAGCGCUACCAUACUGCAAAAAGCCAACAUCUUUGGUUAUGGGCCCAGCUGCUGAGUGGAUGACUGCAUAUUUUUGGACUCUGAGAAAGGUUUGAAAACUCCUUCUCCUGUUAGCGUAGUUCUGUGGGUCUGGAAGAGUUCCAGAAUGGUUGACCGGGUUCCUGAAGCUGAGAAGGCUCUGGUCUUCCCACAGCUGACAGAUGAGAACUAUAGUUUAUGGUCUUUUCGGGUGGAGGCGCUUUUGACCUCUAGAGAAGUAUGGACCUAUGUAACUGAUGACCCUCCUGACCCUGUGACUAAUGCUUGGUCGAAAGGAGAUGCGAAAGCCAGGGCGAUAAUUAAUUUGGCAGUCAGCGACCAGCAAGUAGUCUAUAUAAGAAAUAAGAAAACUGCCAAAGAAAUGUGGGACAGUCUUGCAGCAGUGCAUGUUAGAAAAGAGUCAGCGUCUGCAUUGACGUUUUCAAGCAGUUGUACCAGACGAAGUUGCAGCCUGGUGGUGAUUUGGCAGCACACUUGAGACGUCUGGAGGCAAUACGCGGCGAAUUAAUUCGAAGGGACAUGGAGAUACCUGAUAUUCAGUAUGUUUUCAUCAUCCUUUGUUCCCUUAAUGAGGACUUUGAUGGUAUAGCUAGCCAGAUAUCUGCCGUUCCACCAGCACAAUUAACUGUGGAAGGGGUAACGGCAAGAUUAAUGGGCGAGUUGGACAGAAGGGAGGCUUGUGCCAUAAGCACUCCUAUUUCCAGAAAGAAUGAGGAACGCCAUAUGCAAACUUGUGGUGAUACAACUGCAUUUAAAGCUGCAAAGCGUUGUUGGUUCUGCAAUAAGCAAGGACAUUUUGCAAAGGACUGCAGAUCCAAAAGAAAGCAAAGUACUCCCAAGUCUGUUUCUGUUCGUCAGUCACGGUCGUCAGCUCAGCAGCCGGCAUCGUACCGUAAAGACAGAAACGAGCCGCGAGCUUUUCACGCUAGCACAAGAGAUCGUAAAAGAAUUAAAGGUGCCAAGUGGAAUUCUUUUAUUGUGGACUCAGGAGCAUCUCAGCACGUUUGCAACGAUCGAAGCUUGUUUAUUUCUUUCGAAGAGGAAAUUGGUAAUGUACAUUUAGCCAAUUCACAAGUCUUGCAGUCGCUUGGCAGGGGUACUGUUAAACUUGACUCUUUAAACAUUACUAUAGCGAACUGCAUUUACUGCCCAUCAGUGGACAAUUUAUUGUCAGUAAGGUGUUUUGCUCGUCAAGGCAUAACUGUGCGUUUCUUAAAGUCAAUGUGUGAGUUUUUCGAGGGGAACAAACGUCUAUUGUAUGCCCGGGAAUCUGAUGGUUUAUAUAGACUGUAUUUUCGCACCUACUCCCAAUCGCCUAUAAAUUGCAGAGCAGCACAGUCAAGCCAGGGGUUGAGGAAUGUAAGGCCACAUUCUGGGUGUGUCCAUGAGGCGCACAGAAUUCUGGGACAUCUGAAUUUUGCUGAUGUAAUUAAGACCAAGAAUAUUGUUAAUGGCCUCAACUUAAAACCAUGUAAAUUCUUUAUGCAAUGUCUAUCCUGUUGCAAGAAUAAGAUUAAGGUUGCACGCAAGGGUAGGUGCUCAGAUAGGAAAGUAACUGAGCCAUUUGAGCGUGUACAUUGUGAUUUAGUUGGGCCACUCCCACCAUCCUUAGGAGGUUCUAAGUACUGGCUUACCCUGAUAGACCAGUAUAGUAGAUAUUGUUGGACUUAUGCAAUAGCUGAGAAGUCCCAAGCAUUUGAGAAGUACAAAGUUUUUGCAACUGGGUAAAAACACAUUUUAACAAACCUAUUAAGAACCUUUUUUCUGACCGGGCGGGAAUUUGUUUCUGAGGAUUUUGAGAAAUUCCUGGAAGCGCAGGGGACUACUCAUGAGUUAUCUUGCCCCGAAGUCCCUGGCAAAAUGGGCUUGUUGAAGUUGUGCAGCGUGACCUGCAGGCAGGGGUUAAAACUUAUCUGCAUGAUGCUAAUCUGCCCAAAGACUUUUGGGCUGAAGCGCUCAAUGCCUUUUGUUAUGUUAGAAAUCGCAGUUAUCAUUCUGGUUUAGAUGUCACCCCUAUGAGAAGCUGUUUAAAAACGCCCUAAUCUGAAAUACCUACGCAUUUGGGGUUCAGAUGUAAUAAUGCAUUAUCCCGCUAAGCAGAAAUUGGGUGAACGUAGUGUCCAGGGAAAAUUAAUGGGCUACCAGCAGGGGCGUACAGUAUUUACAUACCAGCAACUGGCAAAUUUCAUAUUACCAGAAGCAUGAUACAAACUGUAAAUUGGAAUGGUGUUGCUGUUUUCCAAGAUAGUAAUGGUAUAGAUAAUACUGAGGAAGAAGAGGUAGAAGAAGCAGCAGCAGCAGCAGGAAAUGGUGCUUCUGAAUUAAUGGAAGAAGACAAAAAGCCUGUUGAAUCUGAUAAUUUGUUUGAUGAUUUAAAGUCACAGGCACCCGAGGGGAGGUUAGAUUCUCUUGAGUUUUCUGACCGUGAGCUUAGCCAACAGGCAUCUCUUCAGUCUGACAAUGAUGAUUUACAACCUGAAACUAGUAGUUUACAUAGUCCCAUUAAGUCUGAGGAGUCUGACUCUCCUUCCGGACUGAGACGUUCAGAUAGAAAGAGACAGAAGCCACAACGUUUUGCAGAUGAACAUUUUAAUACUGUGUAUGCCAAUAAGGCAGUUUUUGAGCCAAAAAGCUACAAUGAUGUUCAGAAUUUACCUAAGCACCAAGCUGUAAAUUGGUAUAAAGCUAUGAACUCUGAAAUAGCUUCUUUAAAAGAGCAUAACACUUGGUCUCUUGUACCACAAACCCCAGAUAUGAGACUUAUUGAUUCAAAAUGGGUUUAUAGAGUUAAAAUGAAUGACAAAAAUGAAGUUGUAAGGUACAAGGCAAGAUUAGUUGCUAGGGGUUUUCAACAAAUUCCAGGCGAAGAUUAUGAUUUGUGUUAUUCACCAAGUGUAAAAUAUGAAACAGUUAAACUUUUGUUAAAAGAUGCAUCAAUUUGUGGAAAAGCCCACUACGCAAUGUUUCUCUGCUCUUAAGAGAGUGGUAAUGUACCUUAAACAUACUAAACAUUAUAGGUUGCAGUUUACAACAUGUAUUGACAAAGGUUUUGAAAUUUUCUGCGAUGCAUCUCAUGCAGUGGAACAAAAUAAUUGCAGGGGUGUGUCUGGUAUGGUGUUUUGUUAUAAUGGUUGUCCAUUUGAAUGGAAGUCCCAGACACAAAACAUUAUUUGUCUCUCCACAACAGAGAGUGAAUUAUGUGCAUGUGUUCAGGCCACUCGUGAUGUGGAAUGGUAUCUGCAAGUAUUCGCAGACCUACAGAUGCAAGUAACACUACCAGUAAAAGUUUACCUUGAUUCCCAGAGUGGACUCGCUAUCCUAUGUUCAGAAACCAAUACGCAGCGCACUAAAGUCUUAAGAUUACGUUUACAGUUUGUAAAGAAACUAAUUGCUGAUGAAAUGGUUGUAUUUAAAUAUGUUCCAGGUGACAAUCAAAUUGCAGACAUUUUUACUAAAGCACUUCCAAAAGGUAUACAUGAAAAACAUGUACAAAGUAUGCUUUAUGUUUUUGUUCCACAAUGAUGAACCGCAGGGGAAAUGUUGAAUGGUUUAAUAUGUAAAGGUUCAUCAUUGUUCCACUCGAUGUGUAUGUCUUUAAGGGGCCAGAGCAAGGGCCAGAGCAAGAUAACGAGACCCAGCUUUACAGCUGUGAAACAUAGCAGGUGCUGCCGAGUUGUACUGAUUAAGCUGUGUUGGCAAUUGGGUGUAGUAUAUAAGGAGCAGCACCUAGCUCUCCCAUUACCCUGGGGGAUGGGUUGGUGGUUGGGUCAUGUUUGUUUGUUAAUGUAUUUAGUGUAAAAGGAGUUUUUGUUUUUCUUAUUAAAACCUUGUUUAAGUUAUUUUUGAGUCCCUUUUUAAUGCAUGGUCUCCCCAGCAAGCUCUCUGCAGCGCUACCAUACUGCAAAAAGCCAACAUGACCACCCUGCUCAGAGAUUGGCAGAGGCAUGGGGGCAUGGGGGUUGCUGCUCUAGAUCAGGUUUAAGGUGCUGGUUUUAACCUUUAAAGCCCUAUACGGCCUAGGACCCUCGUACCUACAGGACCGCCUCUCCUGGCAUGUCCCACAGAGGACCUUAUGGUCUUCAAACAAAAACAUCUUGGAGGUACCGGACCACAGGGAGGUUAGGCUGGCCUCAACCAGAGCCCAGGGCUUUUUCGGCCGUGGCCCCGAUCCGGUGGAACGCUCUGUCACAAGAGACUGGGGCCCUGCGGGACCUGACAUCCUUCCACAGGGCCUGCAAGACAGAGCUGUUCCACCAGGCCUUUGGCCAAGGCACAGUCUGACCCCCUCCUUUGGUAAUCCUCAUAGAACUCUAGCCCAAUGGUUGCCAUUAAUUUGAUUCUGAAUUGAUUUUAGAAUGAAUUGAUUUUAGAAUGCUGGGUUACUUUUACUGUUGUUAGCCGCUCUGAGCCUGGCUUCGGCUGGGGAGGGCGGGAUAUAAAUAAAAUUAUUAUUAUUAUUAUUAUUAUUAUUAUUAUUAUUAUUGGGUCCCAGGUGGGAGAAGUCUGCUCUGCCUCAAACUAUGGAACUUGCUUCCACAGGAGGCAGUGACAGCUACCAGCUUGGAUGGUUUUAAAAGAGGAUUAGACAAAGGGGAGGGCUAUCGAUGGCUACCAGCCCUGAUAGUAAACACUUCUGAAUACCUGUUGCUGGCUUUCCUCAUCCAUCUGGUUGGCCCCUGUGAGAACAGGAUGCUGGACUAGAUGGGCCAUUGGCCUGAUCCAGCAGGCUCUCCUUGGGUUCUUAUGCCUUAAAACAUGUUGACCUUGUGCACAAGCUCUUUUUUCUUUGCAUCAGUGUGUGCUCAGAUGCAGGAGUGCCAACAUGGCCCCGCAACCGUGGGUGCCCGUUGCCUCCCACUACGUUUCCGAGCACAAUUCAAAGUGCUGGUGCUGACCUUUAAAGCCCUAAACGGCCUCGGUCCUGAAGGAGCGUCUCCACCCCCAUCGUUCUGCCCAGACACUGAGGUCCUGCGCCGAGGGCCUUCUGGCGGUUCCCUCACUGCAAGAAGCCAAGUUACAGGGAACCAGGCAGAGGGCCUUCUUGGUAGUGGCACCCGCCCUUUGGAACGCCCUCCCACCAGAUGUCAAAGAGAAGAACAACUACCAGACUUUUAGAAGGCAUCUGAAGGCAGCCCUGUUUAGGGAAGCUUUUAAUGUUUAACAGACCACUGUAUUUUAAUACUUUGUUGGAAGCCGCCCAGGGUUGCUGGGGAGAUCCAGCCAGAUACGCGGGGUAUGUAUGUAUGUAUGUAUGUAUGUAUGAAUGAAUAAAUAAAUAAAUAAACAUACACCCAAAUUUGUGGGUGCCCUGUUGCUUCAUGGGGAAUUUUGUGGGUGCUCAGGCAACCCAGAGCCCCAGGGAGUUGGCACUUAUGCUCAGUUGCCUUUCCCUGUGUUUUGGUGUUGUAAAGGAAGGUUGCGAUUCUGUCCCAUUAUUUCCACACAAAGCCCCACAGGUCCAUUCCCCUCACUCGUAGUCAUUUGUCUCCACGCUCCACAAGCCCAAAUGCCUUCUAUUAAGCCUCUCCUGCCUUGAUUGCCUCUCCUUUCAGACCGCAAACACACCGAGCUCCCUGCUGCAUGGGUUCUUUUUCUGCAGCAGCGUGGAGCCAGAUCUUCGGGGCAACAGGGAUGUGCUUGAGAAUGCUCUAAUGCAGCCUUCAUCCCAAACUGCAAUCCGACAAAUGGUUAACCUGCUAUGUUGCAAUGCUUAUGACUUCGCUUGGCUCAGAGAAUGAGCCAAAAGUUUGUGCUGCUCCUGAGAUAAAUGUCCGCUCCUCGUUUUUGGGAUGGGGGGGAGGAGUAUGUUGAGUAGUUUAAUUACUGCCAUAGCAUCAAAAAUCUUUUUGAUUUUUUUGGGGGGGAGGGCAAAAUGGAACUUAGUGGCUCGCAGACGGGGUUAAAGCAGUAGUUACCCAAAUGGGCAGUACCACCCUUGGGGGGGGGCAAUGAGGCCCCAAGAGGCAAGGGUGCAGAAGGGGGGCACUGGAAGUGGGGCCCUCCAAAGACAUUGAUUGUUAAUUUAUGCUUGACAGGGCUAGAACAUGGAACAAAAAAACUUCCUUGUUUUGUAUUUAAGGUUUUACUGCUUCUAUCACUUUUAAAUUGGGGUGAGGGGAGUGAUGAUGAAAUGAUGAUAAUAAUAAUAAUAAUUGUCCCUGCCCAUCUGGCUGGGUUUCCCCAGCCACUUUGGGCAGCUUACGAUUAUGGAACCAAGGGGGUGGGUGCCCAAAAUGGUUCGGGAACCACUGUUAAAUGAUUGUUUGCAACUGGGUCAUUGCCAGUGUGUGUGUUACUUACUGAAUUUUUCUUGGGAAAGAUAAAUCUAGAUUAUAUUUGGUGUGGGGGGGGAAUACAGGUUGGUAUGCGGUACUGUUUUUAACAUUUGAUUGGGAGCUGCCCAGAGUGGCUGGGGAAACUCAGCCAGAUGGGCGGGGUAUAAAUAAUAAAUUAUUAUUAGUAGUAUGCUGAUGCCAAGAGCAUUAUGUGUUUGCUGCCUGCCUGGGGGCACCCUUCCCAGAACACCACCACCGCUCUGGAAGUCCUUUACUAAUUAUUUCAAAUAUGCUGUUUCUCUUCCUUCUGCAUUCUAGUCGGAAACAUACCAGGAAGAUAUUUACCCAAUGACUCCAGGAACAGAACCUGCUCUCACACCGGAUGAAUGGCUGAGUGGAACGAACCGGGGUAAAUGCACUAGCUCUGCAAUUUUGUGAUGUGCAACCUGGUGGAAAAUCAAACACCACCUAGGUUUUAAAAAGAAAAACAACUUUUAAAGUGGCCAGAAAUUUGACUUCAAGCAAAACAUGGCUAACACUGCUUGAAAUCCCUAAUAUUUCCAAAUAUUGAAGUCUGGGCAUUUACCAUUUCAACAUCUGGAAAUGGUGAAGACUGAUCUGUGACUAAGUGAUGCUCUUUUGUUUCUCUCCCCAGUGAAAUCAACUGAAAUGCUGGACCUGUCCCAUCUCCCUGCCAUAUUAAAAUAUAGAAUGAGGAAUGUGUUAAAGCAAUUGAGAAUCUAACUGAAGAGCCAGUCUAUUCAAAGCCUUAUAGAGCUAGGUAGAUCUCUGUAGGACCCGUUUUGUCACCUGGGCACACCUGAGGUUGAACCACUUUCAGACCAGCAGUCCUGGUGGCACUAAAGCUCAAAAGAGAGCAGGCUCUUCUGGAAAGCUGGCAUAGUGGCAGAGUAACAAAAGUGCCUGGGUUUCCCCAGCUUCAGAACCCUGACAUUUGCAGUAGCUUCGAUUGCACCUCUGAGAUUAUGGGCUGCUUCACUGCCACCCCAACACAACCUCUUGCAUUGUGUGUGAUGUUCAGCAGGAGUUUCACAGGCGCUGCAGAGUAAAAUGCAGCUUCACAAAGUUCCAGCACAUUGUCCCAAAUACAGAACACAAACGUUUGGUCCUUUAGCUAAAAUAGGUAAAGGUAAAGGGACCCCUGACCAUUAGAUCCAGUCGUGGCUGACUCUGGGGUUGCGGCGCUCAUCUCGCUUUAUUGGCCGAGGGAGCCAGCAUACAGCUUCCAGGUCAUGUGGCCAGCAGGACUAAGCUGCUUCUGGUGAACCAGAGCAGCGCACGGAAAUGCCGCUUACCUUCCUGCUGGAUUGGUACCUAUUUAUCUACUUGUACUUGACGUGCUUUCGAACUGCUAGGUUGGCAGGAGCAGGGACUGAGCAACGGGAGCUCACCCCAUUGCAGGGAUUCGAACUGCCGACCUUCUGACUGGCAAGUCCUAGGCUCUGUGGUUUAACCCACAGCGCCACCCGCGUCCCGGUUUUAGCUAAAAUAGGGUAGAUUAUUUGCUUGUUUCCAAAAAGUGUCUCUCUAGCCCUUUGAUUUAGCAUUUGUUGUCUCUUGUUUUCUUUCUUUCUUAGAUCCCAUAUUGAUGUCUUUAAAGGAAGGCUAUAAGAAAGCAUCGAAAGUUGUUUUUAAGGCACCGAUGAGAGAGAAGAAGAGUGUUGUUGUUAAUGGGAUCGACCUCUUAGAAAACGUGCCCCCCAGAACAGAGAAUGAGGUAAGGAAAAAACAGCUACCCUCUGUCCAGAUUGAGAGUUGUCAUCAUUAGGCCUGGGCAAUGUAUCCAUACAUUACCCAGAACCAGUAUGAGGGGCAGACCAUGAUGGCGGCUUCGCUUGGAGGUCAGCGAAGCCAGAAAAGCAUUGGGGCUCCCUCAUCUGGGGGGUGGGAGCACUUUAACAGGCUUUUCUCUUCCUGUCUCAUAAUACUAGAACCCAGUGUGGUCAUUCACAGAAGCUGAAUGUUGGUAGGAUUCGGCACAGACAAAAGAAAAUACUUAUAUACACACACACCACACAGUUGAAACUGUGGAAUUUGCUACCACAGGAGGUAGUGAGGACCAGCUUUAAAAGAGAUAAAUUCAUGAAGGACAUACCUAUCAACAACUACUAGUCACAAUGGCUAUUUACUCCUCUUAUCAGAGGCAGGAUGCAUCUGAUUCUGCAGAUCAUAAGUAGGAAAGUACUGUUGCAUUCAUGUCCUGCUUCCAGGCUUCCCAUAUGAAUCUAGCUGGCAACUGUGGGAAAAGGAUGCUGAACGAUAUGAACCUUCGGUCUGACCCAGCAGGGCGUUUUUUGUACAUGGCCCCCACAAAUACUUGCCAGCUAUGAUAUACCAAAGUACCAUAAUUUUUUCGAGAGUCAAUACAGUGCAUUGGUCAGAGUGUCAGAAAAACAGAGUUCAAAUCCCCACUCAGCCAGGAAGCUCGCUAGGUGACCUUGAGCCAAUCGCUGCCUCUCAGCCUAGCCUACCUCACAGGGUUGUUGUGGGGAUUAAAUGAGGAGGGGAAGAACCAUGUACACCACCUUGAGCUGCUUGGAUGAAAAGACAGGAUAAUUAGUAGUAGUAGUAUUAAUACCCCACCCAUCUGGCUGGGUUUCCUCAGCCACUCUGGGCGGCUUCCAACAAAAUAUUAAAAUUCAAUAGUCUAUUAAACAUUAAAAGCUUCCCUAAACAAGGCUGCCUUCAGAUGUCUUCUAAAAGUCUGGUAGUUGUUUUUCUCUUUGACAUCUGGUGGGAGGGCGUUCCACAGGGCGGGUGCCAAUACCAAGAAGGCCCUCUGCCUGGUUCCCUGUAACCUCAUUUCUCGCAAUGAGGAAACCACCAGAAGGCCCUCGGCGCUGGACCUCAGUGUCCAGGCAGAACGAUGGGGGUUCAUAAAUAAAUGAAGCAACAGCACAAUAUGGAGGCCAACUCUUUCUCUCUCUUCCUCAACUUCAAGCUUCUCCGAAUGUUCUUCCGGCAACAAGAUGAGAUCCGGCGGUUGAAAGCUGAGCUCUCGCAGAAGGACAUCAAAAUCCGACAGCUACAGCUGGAGCUGAAAAACUUGCGCAACAGCCCGAAGAACAAUGAACUCUAA